AUGAAAGAGCUGCUGAUGCUUCUCCUCCACUUGGCUGGGGAGAAGAGCAUGAGGAAGGGGAGGUUAGAUUGAAAUACUAAAAAGACAAAUAAGCACGCACACACACACACACCAGGGGCAGUGCCGUUUCUUGGCAAAAGCGACAUAUGGGGCCACUAGGGAAGAAUUGCAGGAAAUGAGCUUUAAAAUGGAAACAUUUUCUCUCCGUCCCAUGGCAAAAUGUGUAGAACUGCAGGAAAUGAGCUUUAAAGCUGCAAAUGUUUCUCUCCGCAGUCAAGAAGGGUGCCACUAAAAUGUUUUGCUUGCUUGCAACAAAAUCUGGCUUAGGGCACCCAAAAUGCUAGAAACAGCCCUGCCGAGGGGCUGGAAGCAAUGGGUCAGGCACAGUACCCCUGGAGCAAUUGUAGAGGAUUAAGUGCAUUGCUUAAAGGUAUCUAGUAUGAUGCCAUCAACCCUCUGUAGCCAGCUCACUCUACACCAGAUUUUCCCAUCCAAACUGGGAUUCAACCUGACAACCCUCCAGUUGCUGGUCCGCCUCUCUAACAGCUAGGCUACCUGCCACCCUCUACUAACUGACUACUACAAUGACUUACCAUCCCAGUACUAAUUUCGUAGCAUCCUAUAGUAAAGUAUGUGUCAUCACCAGAGCUUUUCAGCAAUCCAAUGAUUAGCCUAUACGUUUCACUCAAUGGCCACUCAGUGGAGCUGACCGACUGUUACAGUAACAUGCUCGUUCAUCUUGCCUCAUUUGAGUAAUCUGUGUCUGGCUGCCUAAACGUCAAUAAAAUAUUAGAAUAUAUAUAUAUAUGAUUCACAGCUCAAAGUGUAGGUUUUAGUAUUGAGGAGCUAUUAAGCGCAUUUGUAUCACACAAAAGCCAGGACAAAUAUAUAACUGCAUUAAAUUGGAAAAUGUCCUGUCUCAUUUAACUAAGGUCAUGAGGCAUUUUAUAUUCAAUAGCCUAUAUCAAAGAAACACAAAAGGAGUGAUGAUAUUAAUUAACAAUCAUUUUGAUCCGAAUGUGCAAAUAUUCCAAACAGAUCCGCAAGGUAGAUGGAUUAUUUUAAAUAUGUUAUUGGACCAUAAACAGAUUUGGCUCAUUAAUCUAUACAGUCCAAAUAAUGAUCCACACUUCUUUCAAAAUAUAUAUAAUCAUUUAUCAAACCUACAAGCAAUACAAGACUCUAUUGUUAUGACGGGAGAUUAUAAUACCUCAAUGGACCGUAAAGGAAAUCACACUACGAACUAUCACGAAUAUCAUGGAUAUAUUGGAACUAGUGGAUAAAUGGAGGCUUAAAUAUCCUGACCUAGUGAGAAAUACUCAAUCAAGCUAGUCGUCUUGACUACUUUCUUAUGUCAUUCUUGCUGGCACCAAAAGUUUAAAAAGUGUUGAUAGGGGACAGAAUGCAGUCGAAACCAUCAAAUAAUUUGCAUAUACAUUACUCUUACAGAAUUUCCACAUGGGCGAGGAUAUUGGAAAUGUAAUCAAAGCUUAUUGGAUGAUAAUUUGUUUUUAACUAGGACAGAAUAAUUUAGAACAGACUUUUCCCGACAUAAGGGGAUCUGCUGUACCUAUGUUAUUGUAUGGGACACUUAAAUGUGCCUUUAGAGGCCAUGCAAUUCAAUACUUAUCUCUAAAACAAAAGCAAUUUAGGUCAAAGAGUCCAUAUUAACAAAGGAAUUGGAAGGACUACCAGUACAGAUAGAUAGCAAUAAAAACUCUACCAUAGAGGUACAGAAUAAGUUAAAUAAGGAAAAACCCAUUUGACCUAUUUGCUUAUGGCCUUGCCUACACCUAGCGACCAGUUUUUAUUUUUAUUAUAUGAGCAAAACAUAUUCUAUUUUAUUUGGAAUGGCAAGCCAGACAAAAUUAAACUGGCCUAUUUAUAUAAUGAAUAUGAAUUUGGAGGGCAGAAAUGAUUAAAUAUUAAAGCAUUAGACCUCUCACUAAAGACUUCAGUCAUACAACAGUUAUACUUAAAUCCAAACUGGUUCUCUAGCAGAUUAGUAAGAAUGUCUCACCGCAUGUUCAAGAAUGACCUUUUCCCCUUUAUUCAGAUUACAACCUCUCACUUUCGGUUAUUUGAAAAUGAAAGAAUCUCCAAAAUAUAGCUAUUUUUUAAACAAGCCAUAGAAAGUUGGUUGCAAUUUCUGUUUAAUCCACCAGAAAAGACAGAACAAAUAAUACCACAAAUUAAGGUUAAACUCAAAUAUAAUAAUUGAUAAUAAAAAAAACAUUAUUUUUGGAUAAAAAAAUAAAAGUAUAAUUUUUGUAAAUUUUAUCAUAAAUAGGACUGGUGGAGUUAUGUCACACAUGUAACUAACAAAAAUAUAUAGAAAUGUCUGCUCUACCCAAAAAUACAACCAACUACUUUUUUUGCAGCAUUACCGCAAAAAUGGGAGAUACAACCAUCCCAGCUCUGCAGAUUUUGCUGCGAAGAGACAGAAUCAUUAGAUAAUUUGUUUUGGUACUGUCCAUAUGUAGAUUAUUUUUGGUCGCAGGUCCAUGAAUGGCUGAAGAGUUUAAACAUUUACAGUGAGGGAAAAAAGUAUUUGAUCCCCUGCUGAUUUUGUACGUUUGCCCACUGACAAAGACAUGAUCAGUCUAUUCAUUUAAUGGUAGGUUUAUUUGAACAGUGAGAGACAGAAUAUCAACAGAAAAAUACAGAAAAACGCAUGUCAAAAAUGUUAUAAAUUGAUUUGCAUUUUAAUGAGGGAAAUACGUAUUUGACCCCUCUGCAAAACAUCACUUAGUACUUGGUGGCAAAACCCUUGUUGGCAAUCACAGAGGUCAGACGUUUCUUGUAGUUGGCCACCAGGUUUGCACCCAUCUCAGGAGGGAUUUUGUCCCACUCCUCUUUGCAGAUCUUCUCCAAGUCAUUAAGGUUUCGAGGCUGACGUUUGGCAACUCGAACCUUCAGCUCCCUCCACAGAUUUUCUAUGGGAUUAAGGUCUGGAGACUGGCUAGCCCACUCCAGGACCUUAAUGUGCUUCUUCUUGAGCCACUCCUUUGUUGCCUUGGCCAUGUGUUUUGGGUCAUUGUCAUGCUGGAAUACCCAUCCACGACCCAUUUUCAAUGUCCUGGCUGAGGGAAGGAGGUCCUCACCCAAGAUUUGACGGUACAUGGCGCCGUCCAUCGUCCCUUUGAUGCGGUGAAGUUGUCCUGUCCCUUUAGCAGAAAAACACCCCCAAAGCAUAAUGUUUCCACCUCCAUGUUUGAUGGUGGGGAUGGUGUUCUUGGGGUUAUAGGCAGCAUUCCUCCUCCAAAGACUGAGAGUUGAGUUGAUGCCAAAGAGCUUGAUUUUGGUCUCAUCUGACCACAACACUUUCACCCAGUUCUCCUCUGAAUCAUUCAGAUGUUCAUUUGCAAACUUCAGACGGGCCUGUAUAUGUGCUUUCUUGAGCAGGGGGACCUUGCGGGCACUGCAGGAUUUUAGUUCUUCACGGCGUAGUGUAUUAUCAAUUGUUUUCUUGGUGACUAUGGUCCCAGCUGCCUUGAGAUCAUUGACAAGAUCCUCCCGUGUAGUUCUGGGCUGAUUCCUCACCAUUUUCAUGAUCAUUGCACCUCCACGAGGUGAGAUCUUGCAUGGAGCCCCAGGCCGAGGGAGAUUGACAGUUAUUUUGUGUUUCUUCCAUUUGCGAAUAAUCGCACCAACUGUUGUCACCUUCUCACCAAGCUUCUUGGCGAUGGUUUUGUAGCCCAUUCCAGCCUUGUGUAGGUCUACAAUCUUGUCCUUGACAUCCUUGGAGAGCUCUUUGGUCUUGGCCAUGGUGGAGAGUUUGGAAUCUGAUUGAUUGAUUGCUUCUGUGGACAGGUGUCUUUUAUACAGGUAACAAACUGAGAUUAGGAGCACUCCCUUUAAGAGUGUGCUCCUAAUCUCAGCUCAUUACCUGUAUAAAAGACACCUGGGAGCCAGAAAUCUUUCUGAUUGAGAGGGGGUCAAAUUCUUAUUUCCCUCAUUAAAAUGCAAAUCAAUUUCUAACAUUUUUGACAUGCGUCUUUCUGGAUUUUUUUGUUGUUGUUCUCUCUCUCACUGUUCAGAUAAAUUUACCAUUAAAAUUAUAGACUGAUAAUUUCUUUGUCAGUGGGCAAACGUACAAAAUCAGCAGGGGAUCAAAUACUUUUUUCCCCUCACUGUACCUGGAGCAAACUCUGUAAAUAGCACUGCUGGGUGAUUUGAAACAUCAUAGUCAAACGAUCAAUAAUAUAAUAAUACUUUAAGGAAAAAUGUGUAUCUUUAAUUUACAAUCUGAAACUAUGAGAAUAGAAAGGUUUAGAACUUUUGUGAAACAUCACAGCACAGUUGAAAAAUAUAUAGCAAAUAGAAAUCAAAACUAGAUGGUGUUAAGAGAUAGAUGGGAAGGGUUGAGUGAAGCUGAAGGAUGGGACUAAAAACAACAAGAUAACUAAUGUAAAAUAUACUGUCUCCGUAAAAUGUAUAAAGGUUCAGAACUUUUGUUAAACAGCACAGUAAAAAAUAUAUGGCAAACAGAAAUCAAAAUGGAUGUUCUUCAGAGAUAGAUGGGAGGUUGAGGAUAGCUGAAGAAUGUGAUUAAAAACAAACAAAAGAUAACUAUUGUAAAAUACAUUGUGUCUGUAAAAUGUAUAUAGUACAUUAUGUAGAAGCUGGAAGUGGAAGCCUAAGUGUCCAUUAGUUUACUCCAAUUAGGGGAGAGGUGGUAGGGUUAGGGGACCGGUAGUGUAUAUGUAUAUGUAUAUGUAUGAAUGUAUAUGUGUAUGGAUGUACACUACCGGUCAAAGGUUUUAGAACACCUACUCAUUCAAGGGUUUUUCUUUAUUUUUACUAUUUUCUACAUUGUAGAAUAAUAGUGAAGACAUCAAAACUAUGAAAUAACACAUAUGGAAUCAUGUAGAAACCAAAAAAGUGUUAAAGAAAUCAAAAUAUAUUUUAUAUUUGAGAUUCUUCAAAUAGCCACCCUUUGCCUUGAUGACAGCUUUGCACGCUCUUGGCAUUCUCUCAACCAGCUUCAUGAGGUAGUCACCUGGAAUGCUUUUCCAACAGUCUUGAAGGAGUUCCCACAUACAGUGGGGAAAAAAAGUAUUUAGUCAGCCACCAAUUGUGCAAGUUCUCCCACUUAAAAAGAUGAGAGAGGCCUGUAAUUUUCAUCAUAGGUACACGUCAACAAUGACAGACAAAAUGAGGAAAAAAAAUCCAGAAAAUCACAUUGCAGGAUUUUUAAUGAAUUUAUUAGCAAAUUAUGGUGGAAAAUAAGUAUUUGGUCAAUAACAAAAGUUUCUCAAUACUUUGUUAUAUACCCUUUGUUGGCAAUGACACAGGUCAAACGUUUUCUGUAAGUCUUCACAAGGUUUUCACACACUGUUGCUGGUAUUUUGGCCCAUUCCUCCAUGCAGAUCUCCUCUAGAGCAGUGAUGUUUUGGGGCUAUCGCUGGGCAACACGGACUUUCAACUCCCUCCAAAGAUUUUCUAUGGGGUUGAGAUCUGGAGACUCCAGGACCUUGAAAUGCUUCUUACGAAGCCACUCCUUCGUUGCCCGGGCGGUGUGUUUGGGAUCAUUGUCAUGCUGAAAGACCCAGCCACGUUUCAUCUUCAAUGCCCUUGCUGAUGGAAGGAGGUUUUCACUCAAAAUCUCACGAUACAUGGCCCCAUUCAUUCUUUCCUUUACACGGAUCAGUCGUCCUGGUCCCUUUGCAGAAAAACAGCCCCAAAGUAUGAUGUUUUCAUUCCCAUGCUUCACAGUAGGUAUGGUGUUCUUUGGAUGCAACUCAGCAUUCUUUGUCCUCCAAACACGACGAGUUGAGUUUUUACCAAAAAGUUAUAUUUUGGUUUCAUCUGACCAUAUGACAUUCUCCCAAUCCUCUUCUGGAUGCACUCUAGCAAACUUCAGACGGGCCUGGACAUGUACUGGCUUAAGCAGGGGGACACGUCUAGCACUGCAGGAUUUGAGUCCCUGGCGGCGUAGUGUGUUACUGAUGGUAGGCUUUGUUACUUUGGUCCCAGCUCUCUGCAGGUCAUUCACUAGGUCCCCCCGUGUGGUUCUGGGAUUUUUGCUCACCGUUCUUGUGAUCAUUUUGACCCCACGGGGUGAGAUCUUGCGUGGAGCCCCAGAUCGAGGGAGAUUAUCAGUGGUCUUGUAUGUCUUCCAUUUCCUAAUAAUUGCUCCCACAGUUGAUUUCUUCAAACCAAGCUGCUUACCUAUUGCAGAUUCAGUCUUCCCAGCAUGGUGCAGGUCUACAAUUUUGUUUCUGGUGUCCUUUGACAGCUCUUUGGUCUUGGCCAUAGUGGAGUUUGGAGUGUGACUGUUUGAGGUUGUGGACAGGUGUCUUUUAUACUGAUAACAAGUUCAAAUAGGUGCCAUUAAUACAGGUAACGAGUGGAGGACAGAGGAGCCUCUUAAAGAAGAAGUUACAGGUCUGUGAGAGCCAGAAAUCUUGCUUGUUUGUAGGUGACCAAAUACUUAUUUUCCACCAUAAUUUGCAAAUAAAUUCAUUAAAAAUCCUACAAUGUGAUUUUCUGGAUUUUCUUUUCUCAAUUUGUCUGUCAUAGUUGACGUGUACCUAUGAUGAAAAUUACAGGCCUCUCUCAUCUUUUUAAGUGGGAGAUCUUGCACAAUUGGUGGCUGACUAAAUACUUUUUUUCCCCACUGUAUGCUGAGCACUUGUUGGCUGCUUUUCCUUCAGUCUGCGGUCCAACUCAUCCCAAACCAUUUUAAUUUGGUUAAGGUCGGGUGAUUGUGGAGGCCAGGUCAUCUGAUGCAGCACUCCAUCACUCUCCUUCUUAAUCAAAUAGCCCUUACACAGCCUGGAGGUGUGUUUUGGGUCAUUGUCCUUUUGAAAAACAAAUAAUAGUCAAGCGCAAACCAGAUGGGAUGGUAUAUCGCUGCAGAAUGCUGUGGUAGCCAUGCUGGUUAAGUGUGCCUUGAAUUCUAAAUAAAUCACAGACAGUGUCACGAACAAAGCACCCCCACACAAUCGCACCUCCUCCUCCAUGCUUCAUGGUGGCAACCACACAUGUGGAGGUCAUCCAUUCACCCACACGCGUCUCACAAAGACACAGCGAUUGGAACCAAAAAUCUCAAAUUUGGACUCAUCAGACCAAAGGACAGAUUUCCACCGGUCUAAUGUCCAUUGCUUGUGUUUCUUGGCCCAAGCAAGUCUCUUCUUCUUAUUGGUGUCCUUUAGUAGUGGUUUCUUUGCUUGCAGCAAUUAGGCCAUGAAGGUCUGAUUCACGCAGUCUCCUCUGAACAGUUGAUGUUGAGAUGUGUCUGUUACUUGAACUUUGUGAAGCAAAUAUUUGGGCUGUAAUCUGAGGUGCAGUUAACUCUAAUGAAUUUAUCCUCUGCAGCAGAGGUAACUCUGGGUCUUCCUUUCCUGUGGCAGUCCUCAUGAGAGUGGGCAAACGUACAAAAUCAGCAGGGGAUCAAAUACUUUUUUCCCUCACUGUAUGUAUCUACAGUGAGGGAAAAAGUAUUUGAUCCCCUGCUGAUUUUGUACAUUUGCCAACUGACAAAGAAAUUAUCAUUCUAUAAUUUUAAUGGUAGGUUUAUUUGAACAGUGAGAGACAGAAUAACAACAACAAAAUCCAGAAAAACGCAUGUCAAAAAUGUAUAAAUUGAUUUGCAUUUUAAUGAGGGAAAUAAGUAUUUGACCCCCUCUCAAUCAGAAAGAUUUCUGGCUCCCAGGUGUCUUUUAUACAGGUAACGAGCUGAGAUUAGGAGCACACUCUUAAAGGGAGUGCUCGUAAUCUCAGCUUGUUACCUGUAUCAAAGACACCUGUCCACAGAAGCAAUCAAUCAAUCAGAUUCCAAACUCUCCACCAUGGCCAAGACCAAAGAGCUCUCCAAGGAUGUCAGGGACAAGAUUGUAGAUCUACACAAGGCUGGAAUGGGCUACAAGACCAUCGCCAAGCAGCUUGGUGAGAAGGUGACAACAGUUGGUACGAUUAUUCGCAAAUGGAAGAAACACAAAACUGUCAAUCUCCCUCGGCAUGGGGCUCCAGGCAAGAUCUCACCUCGUGGAGUUGCAAUGAUCAUGUGAAUGGUGAGGAAUCAGCCCAGAACUACACGGGAGGAUCUUGUCAAUGAUCUCAAGGCAGCUGGGACCAUAGUCACCAAGAAAACAAUUGGUAACACACUACGGCGUGAAGGACUGAAAUCCUGCAGCGCCCGCAAGGUCCCCCUGCUCAAGAAAGCACAUAUACAGGGCCGUCUGAAGUUUGCCAAUGAACAUCUGAAUGAUUCAGAGGAGAACUGGGUGAAAGUGUUGUGGUCAGAUGAGCCCAAAAUCGAGCUCUUUGGCAUCAACUCAACUCGCCAUGUUUGGAGGAGGAGGAAUGCUGCCUAUGACUCCAAGAACACCAUCCCCACCGUCAAACAUGGAGGUGGAAACAUUAUGCUUUGGGGGUCUUUUUCUGCUAAGGGGACAGGACAACUUCACCACAUCAAAGGGACGAUGGACGGGGCCAUGUACCGUCAAAUCUUGGGUGAGAACCUCCUUCCCUCAGCCAGGACAUUGAAAAUGGGUCGUGGAUGGGUAUUCCAGCAUGACAAUGACCCAAAACACACGGCCAAGGCAACAAAGGAGUGGCUCAAGAAGAAGCACAUUAAGGUCCUGGAGUGGCCUAGCCAGUCUCCAGACCUAAAUCCCAUAGAAAUUCUGUGGAGGGAGCUGAAGGUUGGAGUUGCCAAACGUCAGCCUCGAAACCUUAAUGACUUGAAGAAGAUCUGCAAAGAGGAGUGGGACAAAAUCCCUCCUGAGAUGUGUGCAAACCUGGUGGCCAACUACAAGAAACGUCUGACCUCUGUGAUUGCCAACAAUGGUGGUCCUCUGUAGCUCAAUUGGUAGAGCAUGGCGCUUGUAACGCCAGGGUAGUGGGUUCGAUCCCCGGGACCACCCAUACGUGAAAAUGAAUGCACACAUGACAGUAAGUCGCUUUGGAUAAAAGGGUCUGCUAAAUGGCAUAUUAUUAUUAUUAUUAUUAUUAUUAUUAUUGUUAUUAUUAUUAUAAGGGUUUUGCCACCAAGUACUAAGUCAUGUUUUGCAGAGGUGUCAAAUACUUAUUUCCCUCAUUAAAAUGCUAAUCAAUUUAUAACAUUUUUGACAUGCGUUUUUCUGGAUUUUUCUGUUGUUAUUCUGUCUCUCACUGUUCAAAUAAACCUACCAUUAAAAUUAUAGAUUGAUAAUUUCUUUGUCAGUGGGCAAACGUACAAAAUCAGCAGGGGAUCAAAUACUUUUUUCCCUCACUGUAUGCAGAAAAGACAUCAGAAAAAAUCUCUUACCAAGUCGAAGUGGAUAUGAACACACAAACACUUCCUGCGUUGAACGCAUACACAGUUACAGAACAGUGUUGUGGUUGUUGUAAUAAUUGCAUCGGGCAUUUGAGUUGAGUUCUCAUGAACAACACGUCAUGCUUUUCUCAAUUUCCCUGUCAGCAAUGUUUACUGUGAUGUAGGCCUAUGGCUCAGCCUUGGAGAGAAUUAGGACAACACUUACUUACUUCGGCCCAUCGCUCCUCAUGGAGAAUAGGCCAUCGACAUCUCCUCUCACACUAUGUCCUGGGCUGUCUUCUCUACUUUGUUCAUUACGACAACACACAUGAUUAAUUGAUCGUCUUCUGUUCCAGGCUGUAUGUGUGUCCUAAGGCCAGGCUACGGGGUGAGUGUGUCCUCAGUCCACUACAGUGGAGCAGGCUGGUGCUGGACCACCCAGGCCCUGAGGUGGAGGUGGCCAAGAGGUCUCUGUGCCACAGACUGGAGCAAGGUAGCGUACCUGAGACUGCCUUUUAUCUGUCUGACUGCUUUUUACCUACCUGUACACCUGUCUCACUCAUCUGCAUGUGCCACAGGGCUGUUUGAUCUGUGAUUACUUCAAGAAAGAGAGGAUAGAUAGAUUUUAUUUCACAGUUAAUAAGACACAUAUACAUACAGUAGCUACAUACAUAUAAAAAAUAUGACAGGGAUAUCACAAAAAAGUCAGAGACUUACAGUGCCUUCAGAAAUGAUUCAUACCCCUUGAUUUAUUCCACAUUUUCAGUUUCAGCCUGAAUUCAAAAUGGAUUAAAUAUAUAUUUUUCUCACCCAUCUAUAUACAAUACCCCAUAAUGACAACAUGAAAACAUGUUUUUUGACAUUUUUGCAAAUGUAUUGAAAAUGAAAUACAGAAGUAUCUGAUUUACAUAUGUUUUUACACCCCUGAGUCAAUACUUUGUAGAAGCACCUUUGGCAGUGAUUUCAGCUGUGAGUCUUUCUGGGUAACUCUCUAAGGCCUUGUGUUUUAGGUUAUUGUCCUGCUGAAAGUUGAAUUAAUCUCCCAGUGUCCGGUGGAAAGCAGACUGAACCAUGUUUUCCUCUAGGAUUUUGCCUGUGCUUAGCUCCAUUCCGUUUUUUUUUUUAAUCCUGAAAAACUCCUCAGUCCUUAAUUAUUACAAGUAUACCCAUAACAUGAUGCAGCCACAACUAUGCUUGAAAAUAUGGAGAGUGGUACUCAGUAAUGUAAUGUGUGAUUGGAUUUGCCCAAAACAUAACACUUUGUAUAAAAGUGAAUUGCUUUGCUACAUUUUUCACAGUUUGCAUGUUUUUGAAUAUUUUUAUUCUGUACAAGCUUCCUUCUUUUCACUCUGUCAAUUAGGUUAGUGUUGUGGAGUUGUUGAUCCAUCCUCAGUGUUUUUCCUAUCACAGCCAUUAAACUGUAACUGUUUUAAAGUCACCAUUGGCAUGGUGAAAUCCCUGAGUGGUUUCCUUCCUCUCUGCCAACUGAGUUAAGAACGACUUCUGUAUCUUUGUAGUGACUAGGUGUAUUGAUACACCAUCCAAAGUGUAAUUAAUAACUCCACCAUGCUCAAAGGGAUAUUCAAUGUCUGCUUUUUUGUAUUUUUACCCAUCUACCAAUAGGUGCUCUUCUUUGCAAGGCGUUGGAAAACCUCCCUGGUCUUUGUAAUUGAAUCUGUGUUUGAAAUUCACUGCUCGACUGAGGGACCUUACAGAUAAUUGUAUUUGUGGGGUACAGAGAUGAGGUAAUCAUUCUAAAAUCAUGUUAAACACUAUUAUUGCAUACAGAGUGAGUCCAUGCAACAUAUAGUGUGUGACUUGUUAAGCAAAUGUUUACUGCUGAACUUAUUUAGGCUUGCCAUAACAAAGGAGUUGAAUACUUAUUGAGUGAAGGCAUUUCAGCAUUUUACUCAGUUUGGCCAGGCGGCCAGCUCUAAGAAGAGUUUUGGUGGUUCCAAACUUCUUCCAAAAAAUUUCUAAAAACCUGUUUUUCCUUUAUCGUUAUGGGGUAUUGUGUGUAGAUUGAUGACAUUUUAAAAAUGUAUUUAAUCCAUUUUAGAAUAAGGCUGUAAUGUAACAAAAUGUGGAAAAAGUCAAGGGGUCUGAAUACUUGUUUAUAUUGUGGCUACAUUCCCACUAGUAUUCCUUUAUGUAAUGAAGCUUGUGUAUUUUUCUGUUUUUAUUAUAAUAAUAUUUCAUUUGAAUAUCACAUGAAGCUUGUUGGUGCUUGCUGUGCGCAAAUAAUUUGACCGCUGCAGUUUGAGAUUUAUUUUGUUUAUUCCCUUUUAUUCAUGAAAAGAUCAGGCCUUUAUUAUUUACAAUUUAUUUCUGAUAUUUUAGCUUAAUUAAAUUGAUUCAUAUUAUGGUGUUUCAAUUCCAAGAAAAAGUAGAAUAUAAACUAGAUUUAGGCUUCUGUGAGUGAAGUAGGCUAAAUAAUUACAACCGAACAGGCCUAAUUAAAAGAAUAGUGAUAAAGGAAACUAAAAGUGCUAGGCAGAGCAUGCCCAGAAAUUGGAGCGGGAGAGAAGGCCGACAAUGUUAUUUUAUCCGCUCGAAUUACGCUCUGCUCCUUGCUCCACACUCGCCCACUUGCAUGCUAUGGCAUUCAAAAGCAGCCCUGCUUUAGGCUAUAGAUGAACUGUCAGUAAAUAAUCAUAUCAACGGAUGGAAUCAGUGAAUGAAUGGCUGCAGCAACCAUUACACAGUCUGACAAGCUGCAUAACAAAAGAGGCCUAAUUAGACAAAAGAACAAUUAAGUCGUUCAAACAACUUAGUAUCUCAUUUAAUUUACUUAGUAUCUUGUUUGAACAACUUAGUAAAAAAUUAUAUAUAUAUUAUUCAUUUUUUUUACUAUGUCGUUCAAACAAGAUAAUUCCAAGAGUCUAGUUUAAUAUUUUUGUGAAUCAUCAUGUGUAAUCAGGUGCUUUUGGACAUGCCUCAAGUGUCUGUAGAAGAGAGAAGCCGAGAUGUGGAAGUUGUGGAAAAGAAGAUCAUGUUGAAUGUUAUAUGGAUGAAGAACAUGUCAAGUGUUGCAAUUGUGGUGGGAACCAUGAAGCUACAUCUUUGAAAUGCCCGAAGAUGGCAAAAGAAGAUGAGGUUGCCAGAGUCAGGGCUGUCCAGAGCAUUUCAUAUGGAGAGGCGGUUGAGGGAACAAAUGGUCCUUCUGAAGACUCCAGCGUGUUGGAUAGGCCUUCACUGCAGGCUGCAGAGUUGGCCUCUCAUCAGCAGGAUCCAGAUAUGUUACAGUACAUGUUAAGAAAGUGGACUUUGUGGCUUUUAUGGCGAUGGUGAUUAAUGGCACUGCUGGAGUGGAGAAUAAGUCCAGUAAGAUUGCUAUCAUUGGGUCUCAGGCAGAACGGUUCCUGGGAUUGAAAAAUGUUUUGGGCGGAGGAGUGCUGUCACGAGCAAUGCCACCCUCUCAGGCCCCAGAGCCUGAAAAUUGAGUUAUGGAAUUUUGAAUGAAGUAAGAAGUGAAAGUUCGUUUUUGUUAGGUUUCUGUUUGUGUGAAUUAAGGUCCCCCUCCACCCCUUUUUUGGAGUUUACAUAUUUUUUUACCCUGUCCAGUUGGUGGGGGUAAUGCACCAUAAACAAUGGAUGCCAACUGCCGUUAAACCCCAAUGAAGAAUAAGAAUAUGCAAUGUAUAGGAUCAUGCUAGCUAGCUAAGUGCACAGACAAUGCACAAAACACUACAUUUACAUUACAUUUACGUCAUUUAGCAGACGCUCUUAUCCAGAGCGACUUACACUAAAUGCUUCCUCCAAGCCUAGUUACCUGGUCACUGUAGCUAGCACAAAAUAAUCAAAAGGUCUGACUGCACAGAGAUGCUUAGGAAAAUGGUCACAACGGGGGAUCAGCGUGUAUGUGUUUCAGGGUAGGGGGGUGUAUCUGAGCGCCAUCAGCUAGGACUUGACAUUGGUUAAUGCAUUCGGAAAGUAUUCAGACCCUUUGACUUUUUCCACAUUUUGUUACGUUACAGCCUUAUUCUAAAAUUGAUUAAAUAAACAAUUGUCCUCAUCAGUCUACACACAAUACUCCAUAAUGACAAAGCGAAAAGUUUUUUAGAUUUUUUUGCCAAUUUAUUACAAAUAAAAAACUAAAGACCUUAUUUACAUAAGUAUUCAGACCCUUUGCAAUGACACUCGAAAUUGAGCUCAGGUGCAUCCUGUUUCCAUUGAUUAUAUCCUUGAGAUGUUUCUACAUCUUGAUUGGAGUCCACCUGUGGCAAAUUCAAUUGAUUGGACAUGAUUUGGAAAGGCACACAGCUGUCUACAUAUGGUCCCACAGGCAAAAACCAAGCCAUUAGGUCAAAGGAAUUGUCCGUAGAGCUCGUAGACAGGAUUGUGUCAAGGCACAGAUCUGGGGAAGGGUACCAAAACAUUUCUGCAGCAUUGAAGAUUCCCAAGAACACAGUGGCCUCCAUCAUUCUCAAAUGGAAAAAGUUUGGAACCACCAAGACUCUUCCUAGAGCUGGCCGGCCUGCCAAAUUGAGCAAUCGGGGGAGAAGGGCCUUGGUCAGGGAGGUGACCAAGAACCCAAUGGUCUCUCUGACAGAGCUCCAGAGUUCCUCUGUGGAGAUGGGAGAACCUUCCAGAAGGACAAACAUCUCUGCAGCACUCCAACAAUCAGGGCUUUAUGGCCAGACGGAAGCCACUCCUCAGUAAAAGGCACAUGACAGGAUCGAGGGAAAGAUUAAUGGAGCAAAGUACAGAGAGAUCCUUGAUGAAAACCUGCACCAGAGCUCUCAGGACCUCAGACUGGGGCGACGGUUCACCUUCCAACAGUUCAACAACCCUAAGCACACAGCCAAGACAAUGCAGGAGUGGCUUCGGGACAAGUCUCUGAAUGUUGUUGAGUGGCCCAGCCAGAGCCCGGACUUGAACCCGACCUAACAUCUCUGGAGAGACUUGAAAAUAGCUUUGCAACGACGCUCCCCAUCCAACCUGACAGAGCUUGAGAGGAUCUGCAGAGAAGAAUGGGAGAAGCUCCCCAAAUACAGUUGUGUGAAGCUUUUAGCGUCAUACCCAAGAAGACUCAAGGCUGUAAUUGCUGCCAAAGGUGCUUCAACAAAGUACUGAGUAAAGGGUACAUUUCAAAUAAACUGUUUUUACUUUGUCAUUAUGGGGUUUUGUGUGUAGAUUGAUGAGGGGAAUAAAAUGGAUCAAUUUUUGAAUAAGGCUGUAACCUAACAAAAUGUGGAAAAAGUCAAGGGGUCUGAAUACCUUCCGAAGGCACUGUACAUGGCGGAGGCUCAAUCAAGCUAGUCGUCUUAACUACUUUCUUAUGCCAUUCUCACUGGCACCAAAAGUUAAGGUGUUGAUAGGGGAUAGAAUGUGGUCGGACCAUCAAAUAAUUGGCAUAUACAUUACUCUUACAGAAUUACAGAAAUGUAAUCAAAGCCUAUUGGAUGACAACUUUUUUUUAACUAGGACAGAAUAAUUUAUAACUGACCUUUAACAAAAUAUAGGUACAGCAGAUCCCCCUAUUGUAUGGGACACUUUUAAAUGUGCCUUUAGAGACCAUGCAAUUCAAUACUCAUCUUUAAAACAAAAGCAAUUUUGGUCAAAAUAAUUCAUAUUAACAAAGGAAAUAGAGGGACUAACAGCACAGUAAAAACUGUACCAUAGAGGCAGGGAUUACGUUAGAGGAAAAACUAAAAGGAAUGGAGGAACCUAUUCAAGAAAUAUCAAAUGUAAUAUAUUAUACAAAAUUAAGCGAACUGGAUGGAAUAUGGGGAAAAAUGCAUCAAAUUAUUUUUGUAUCGUUAACAUAGAAAUGCUACCAAAAAGAAUUUACCAAAUUAUAUUUUGAAAGAGGAAACAAAGUACUUUAAGCAUAUGUUUUCUUUUCUGUCUCCAUCUCCACUAAACAAAGUUAAUUGUAAGGAUUUUUGUCCUAUUAAUAAUGUAAAAUGAAUUGCUGUACAGAAAGACUCAUGUGAAGGCCAAAUUACAGAGAAGGAACUUCUUGAUGCAAUUAAAGCCUUUAAGUCUGGGGAAACUCUAGGGCUGGAAGGCAUACUAGUUGAGGUUAACCAAACCUUUUUUGAUGUACUCAGAGGUCCAUUAUUAGCAUGUUUUAACCACUCCUAUAAAAAUGGUAGAUUAUCAGAUACUCAACAAGAAGGUCUGAUUUAAUUAUUACUGAAACAGGACCAAAGUGGUAAAUAUAAAAAUCCAGUCCAUUAAAUAAAUUGGAAACCCCUUACACUUCAUUGUUGUGAUGCAAAAAUUCAAGCAAAAUGCAUAGCGCAUAGAAUUAAAAAGGUAUUGUUGGAUAUUAUUAAUCCUAAUCAGACAGGUUUUUUACAUGGACGUAAAUACAUUGGACAAGUACUGGAAACAAUAGAACACUAUGAAAAAUCUGGGAAACCAGGCCUGGUAUUCAUAGCCGACUUUGAAAAACCUUUUGAUAAAGUACGACUGGAAUUUAUUUAUAAAUGCUGGUAUAUUUCAAUUUUGAGAAUCUCUUAUACAAUGGGUUAAUGUUAUGUAUAGUAACCCUAGGUGUAAAAUAGUAAAUAAUGGCUACUUCUCAGAAAGUAUUAAACUGUCAAGAGGAGUAAAACAAGGUUGUCCACUAUCGGCAUAUCUAUUUAUUAUGGCCAUUGAAAUGUUAGCUAUUAAAAUCAACAAUAAUAUCAGGGGGGCUAGAAAUCCAGUGCUUAAAAACAAAGGUGUCAUUGCACGCUGAUGAUUCAUGUUUUCUUUUAAAUCCACAAUUUUGAUCCCUCAGCCUCAUAGAUGAUCUAGAUAAUUGUUCUAACCUCUCUGGAUUACAACCAAAUUAUGAUAAAUAUUACGUAUUGGAUCACUAAAAAAUACAAUAGCGUGUAGUAAAAAAAAAAAAAGGUAUAAUCUUUGUAAAUGAUAUCAUAAAUAGGACUGGUGGAGUUAUGUCACACAUGUAGCUAUCAAAGAUAUAUGGAAACAUCUGCUCUACUCAAAAUUACAACCAACUAAUUGUAGCAUUACCACAAAAAUGGAAGAGGCAAGUGGAAGGGGGAGAAAGUAAGGAACUUGUCUGUCGGUCCUGCAUUAAAGAACAAAAUUGGUUAAAGAAGAUUGUGAUCAAUAAAAAAGUAUACCAGUUUCAUUUGAGGACCAAAAAAAUGACAGGUGUGUCAUAUAGAUUGCAAAAUAGUUGGGAAGAGAUUUUCGAUGUACCGAAUCCAUAUCACAUGGUCUAUGAACUGAUACACAAAACAAAACUUAGAGUUUUUACGUUUAAAUUAUUAUUCUUGCAACCAAUAGAAUGAUAUAUAUAUGGGGGAUACAACCAUCCCAGCUCUGCAGAUUUUGCUGUGAAGAGACAGAUUUAUUAGAUAAUUUGUUUUGGUACUGUCCAUAUGUAGCUUGUUUUUGGUCGCAGGUUCAGGAAUGGCUGAAGAAUUGCAACAUUUACCUGGAGCAAACUCUGCAAAUAGCACUGCUGGGUGAUUUAAAAAGUCAUAGUCAAUCAAUCAAUAAUAUAAUAAUACUCUUAGCAAAAGUGUUUAUCUUUAAUUUACAAUUUGUAAAACCUAUGAGAAUAGAAAGGUUCAGAACUUUUGUGAAACAUCACAGCACAGUUGAAAAAUAUAUGGCAAAUAGAAAUCAAAUUUGGAUGGUGUUUAGAGAUAGAUGGGAGGGGUUGAGUGCAACUGAAGGAUGGGACUAAAAACAAACAUUUACAUCAUUUAGCAAACACUCUUAUCCAGAGCGACUUACAAAUUGGUGCAUUCAACAUAUGAUCGCAAGUGGGACAACCACUUUUUUUUGUGUGUGGGGGGGGGGGGGGGGGGGGGGGGGGUAGAAGGAUUACUUUAUACUAUUCCAGGUAUUCUUUAAAGAGGUAGGGUUUCAAGUGUCUCCGGAAGGUGGUCAGUGACUCCACUGUCCUGGCGUCGGGGGGGAGCUUGUUCCACCAUUGGGGUGCCAGAGCAGCAAAUAGCUUUGACUGGGCUGAGUGGGAACUGUGCUUCUGUAGAAGUAGGGGAGCUAGCAAGCCAGAGGUGGAUGAAUGUAAUGCCCUCGUUUGGGUGUAGGGUCUGAUCAGAGCCUGAAGGUAAGGAGGUGCCGUUCCCCUCACAGCUCCGUAGGCAAGCACCAUGGUCUUGUAGUAGAUGCGAGCCUCAACUGGAAGCCAGGGGAGUGUGCGGAGGAGUGGGGUGACAUGAGAGAACUUGGGAACGUCGAACACCAGACGGGCUGCGACGUUCUGGAUAAGUUGUAGGGGUUUAAUGGCACAGGCAGGGAGCCCAGCAAACAGCAAGUUGCAGUAAUCCAGACGGGAGAUGACAAGUGCCUGGAUUAGGACCUGUGCCGCUUUCUGUGUAAGGUAGGGUCCUACUCUGCAAAUGUUGUACAGCAUGAACCUGCAGGAUCGGGUCACCGCUUUGAUGUUAGCGGAGAAUGACAGGGUGUUGUCCAGGGUCACGCCAAGGCUCUUUGCACUCUGGGAGGAGGACACAAUGGAGUUGUCAACCGUGAGGGCGAGAUCUUGGAGCGGGCAGUCCUUCCCCGGGAGGAAGAGCAGCUCCGUCUUGCCGAGGUUCAGCUUGAGGUGGUGAUCCGACAUCCACACUGAUAUGUCUACCAGACAUGCAGAGAUGUGAUUCGCCACCUGGUUAUCAGAAGGGGGAAAGGAGAAAAUUAAUUGUGUGUCGUCUGCGUAGCAAUGAUAGGAGAGACCAUGUGAGGAUAUGACAGAGCCAAGUGACUUGGUGUAUAGAGAGAAUAGGAGAGGGCCUAGAACUGAGCCCUGGGGGACACCAGUGGUGAGAGCACGUGGUGCGGAGACAGAUUCUCGCCACGCCACCUGGUAGGAGCGACCUGUCAGGUAGGACGCAAUCCAAGAGUGAGCAGCGCCGGAGAUGCCCAACUCGGAGAGGGUGGAGAGGAGGAUCUGAUGGUUCACAGUAUCAAAGACAGCGAAUAGGUCUAGAAGGAUAAGAGCAGAGGAGAGAGAGUUAGCUUUAGCAGUGCGGAGAGCCUCCGUGACACAGAGAAGAGCAGUCUCAGUUGAAUGACCAGUCUUGAAACCUGACUGGUUUGGAUCAAAAAGGUAAUUCUGAGAGAGAUAGCAGGAGAGUUGGCUAGAGACGGCACGCUCAAGAGUUUUGGAGAGAAAAGAAAGAAGGGAUACUGGUCUGUAGUUGUUGACAUCGGAGGGAUCGAGUAUAGGUUUUUUGAGGAGGGGUGCAACUCUCGAUCUCUUGAAGACAAAAGAUAACUAUUGUUAAAUAUACUGUAUAGUAUUUACGGACACAGGAAGUAGAAGCAUAAGUGUUGUUGUCCGUUAGUUUACUCCAAUUAGGGGAGAGGUGGUAGGGUUAGGAGAAAAUAAUAAAGGGAAAUAUAUUGUAAAAAAUAAAUAUUUUAUAUAUUUAUUUCAAAAAAUAUAUGGGGGAUUGGAAAUGAUGCAGACAAUUACAUUGAUGGAAGACACAAUCUAUCUGCAAUAUUAAAGCUGAUCUACCCCCCCCUCCCAAAAAAAAAAUAAAAUAUAUAUAAUAAUAAUAAUUAUGAUAUAAUAAACAUUAUAGUUAAAUCACGAUGGAUUCGUUUCCAUGAAGCAGCUGCCUGCAGCUGGCUGCCGAGAGUCAAUUCAGUGUCUUUACUUUACCUAGCUAGCACAACAGCAUGCUAACCAUUUAGCUAAUGUUAGCCAGCUAGCUAGAAAUGUAUUAGAUAAUGGAAAGUUAAUUAAAUAGUUUCUUUGUCAUUUUGCUAGCUAGAUGUCUACAGUGCCUAGUUGUCUACAGUGUUGUGUUACAGACGGAAUAUCAAAUGGAUUAAAUUGAGAUUUUGUGUCACUGGCCUAUACACAAUACCCCAUAAUGUCAAAGUGGAAUUAUGUUUUUACAUUGUUUUUACAAAUGAAUUACAAAUGAAAAGCUGAAAUGUCUUGAGUCAUUAAGUAUUCAACCCCUUUGUUAUGGAAAGCCUAAAUAAGUUCAGGAGUAAACAUUUGCUUAACAAGUCACAUAAUAAGUCACAUAAUAAGUGUUUAACAUGAUUUUUGAAUGACUACCUUAUCUCUGUACCCCACACAUACAAUUAUCUGUAAGGUCCCUUAGUCGAGCAAUGAUUUUCAAACACAGAUUCAACCACAAAGACCAGGGAGGUUUUCCAAUGCCUCGCAAAGAAGGGCACCUACUGGUAGAUGGGUAAAAAUAAAAAGCAGACAUUGAAUAUCCCUUUGAGCAUGGUGAAAUUAUUAAUUUCACUUUGGAUGGUGUAUCAAUACACCCAGUCACUACAAAGAUACAGGCAUCCUUCCUAACUCAGUUGCCGGAGAGGAAGGAAACCGCUCAAGGAUUUCACCAUGAGGCCAAUGGUGACUUUAAAAGUAUUACAGAGUUUAAUGGCUAUGAUGGGAGAAAACUGAGGAUGGAUCAACAACAUUGUAGUCACUCCACAAUGCUAACCUAAUUGACAGAGUCAAAAGAAGGAAGCCGGUACAGAAUAAAACUAUUCCUAAACAUGCAUCCUGUUUGCAACAAAAAUAAUACUGCAAAAAAUGUGGCAAAGCAAUUAACUUUGAGUGUCCGAGUUACAGUUCUGACUUAAAUCUACUUGAAAAUCUAUAGCAUGACCUUAAAAUGGUUGUCUAGCAAUGAUCAACAACCAAUUUGACAGCGCUUGAACAUUUUUAAAAAGAAUAAAUGGGCAAAUUUUGCACAAUCCAGGUGUGGAAAGCUCUUAGAGACAUACCCAGAAAUACUCACAUCUGCAAUCGUUGCCAAAGGUGAUUCUAACAUGUAUUGACUCAGGGUUGAAUACUUAUCCAAUAAAGAUAUAUUAGCGGGUCAUUUUUCAUGCAUUUUUUUUUAUUUGUUAGAAAUAUAAUUUUUCUUCCACUUUGACAUUACAGAGUAUUUUGUGUAGAUUGUUGACCAAAAAAAGACAGUUAAAUCCAUUUUAAUCCCACUUUGUAGCACAACAAAAUGUGGAAAAAGUCAAGUGGUGUGAAUACUUUCUGAAGGCAAUGUAGCUGCGGCCAUCUGGCUAGUGUCAUCAAGGGCUUUCUACAACAAUAGCAACAUUAGCGCAGCUAGCUAUCUAGCUAACAUUGGCUAUUUAGACCAUAAAGCAACACACAUCAAGGCCGACUUCAAGGUCUUUGCUGUGUGAACACAAAAGAGAUUGACUGCCUACAUUCUGUACAGAGGUGCUAAGUACUGUCGGCAGGCAAACGUUUGACAAUCAUUUUAACAUUUACAUUUUUAGUCAUUUAGCAGACGCUCUUAUCCAGAGCAGCUUACAGUUAGUGAGUGCAUACAUUUUUCAUACUGGCCCCCCGUUGGAAUCGAACCCACAACCCUGGCGUUGCAAGCACCAUGCCCUACCAACUGAGCUACAGGAGGGCCCGGUGUGUCUGAGCCUUUAUGUAUUGUAGUGGUCCUGUGUAACUGAACCACACAGGACCACUACAAGACAUAAGUACAAUAUAGUACUGUUAAAUACAAUACAUGAUUACAAUACAAGUGGAAGGUGUGAUUGCCAUCCCGUUGAGCGUACCAUCCUCCCUCUGGCCAUGGAUGAGGCACGCAAUGACAUGAAGACCUAUGUCAGUUUUGGAUUCGGCCUGCCAAAAGGUUUUUCCCCAGGUGCAUGAACAAUGAGGACAUUUACUGUGUCGAUGAGAACCUAUGGCCAGAUGCUUAUUAUUUAUUAUUAUAUGCUCAAGACAGGCUUGAUGCAAACUAGGGCCUAUUAAACGUUAUGUUUCUUUCAUUCAUUUCAUUUGUUUCAUUUGAUUACAGUACAACUGUACAACACAUUUUUCUAAUUUGGUCUGUCAUAGUUGAUGUGUACCUAUGAUGAAAAUUACAGGCCUCUCUCAUCUUUUUAAGUGGGAGAACUUGCACAAUUGGUGGCUGACUAAAUACUUUUUUCCCCCCACUGUAUAUAGCCUCCCUACUGUUAUUUUAUUUUACUUCUGCUCUUUUUUUCUCAACACUUUUUUGUUGUUGUUUUAUUUGACUUUUUUUUAUUACAAAAUAAAUGCAUUGUUGGUUAAGGGCUGUAAGUAAGCAUUUCCCUGUAAUGUCUACACCUGUUGUAUUCGGCGCAUGUGGCCAAUAAAAUUUGAUUUGAUAUGUGCAUGUGUGCCUUGCUACAUAUCAGUGUGUGUAGUUUAAUCUUGUUAUUCUGAAGAUUGGUUGGGAUCAAUAAAUUCAGUAUCAGUUAUUUGGUGUGGCCCUGUCUAGUCACCUCUGCAGUUGAAUAAUGGAUGAAGUGUGUCUCCAAAGGGGUGUGUAUAUAUGUUCAGAGUCCUUCUCUCUGCUUUCAAAGGAUGGAUUCAGGAAAGGUAGGCUCUCCCUUCCUAUGUCAUGAAUACAGCUUUGUUCCUCUGGUCUCAGUUAACUGUUGUUUAUCUAGGUAGCUGUGAGUUGUUAGACUUAAAUUCAACUUUUGACAUUGUCGAUAGUCUGCUGCUGAAAUAAACCUAUGGAAUGGCUUUAUAUCCUCUGCUAUAUUAUGGAUUGAGAGUAACCUGUCUAACUGAACACAGAGGGUGUUCUUUAAUGGAAGCCUCCCCAACAUAGUCUAGGUAGGGCAUACCCCAGGUCAGCUGUCUAGGCCCCUUACUUUUUUAUAUUUUCACUAAUUACCUUCCACUGGCACUGAGUAAACUUAUAUUUUGGAUCAAUUGUUGUGUGGUGAAAGAUGUCUCCAAACAAAAUUAAUGGACAAUAAAAUGUUUAGAAUAUAAGACUUGCUGCAUUACAAGUGUUACCAGUUUGGAGUUUUUUACUAAGUUUUGAAAAUUCACCACAUUAUUGUGAAAAUAGCACCAAAGCGAUUAAAAAAUACUGUAAUUAACCUGCUACUGAAAGAAAUUGGUUCACUAGUACUGCAUCAGACAGCAUAAACACUUAUGGUGCGUGUGUGCAUGUGUGUUUUCGUAUGCACAUGUGUGCAUCUUGUGCACGUGUGUGCCCUUGUUCUACAUAAUUUCUACCAGCAAGUUAAAUGUGCAAACAGAGGAAAAAAAACUCUAGACCACCUUUACUCCACACACAGAGACGCAUAUAAAGCUCUCCCUCGCCCUCCAUUUGGCAAAUCUAACCAUAACUCUAUCCUCCUGAUUCCUGCUUAUAAGCAAAAACUAAAGCAGAAAGCACUAGUGACUCGGUUAAUAAAAAAGUGGUCAGAUGACGCAGAUGCUAAGCUACAGGACUGUUUUGCUAGCACAGACUGGAACAUGUUCCGAGAUUCUUCAGAUAGCAUUGAGGAGUACACCACAUCAGUCACUGGCUUCAUCAAUAAGUGCAUCGAUGACGUUGUCCCCACAGUGACCGUAAGUACAUACCCCAACCAGAAGCCAUGGAUUACAGGCAACAUCCGCACUGAGCUAAAGGGUAGAGGUGCUGCUUUCAAGGAGCGGGACUCUAACCCGGAAGCUUAUAAGAAAUCCCGCUAUGCCCUCCGAUGAACCAUCAAACAGGCAAAGAGUCAGUACAGGACUAAGAUUGAAUCGUACUACACCAGCUCUGACGCUCGUCGGAUGUGGCAGGGCUUGAAAACUAUUACAGAUUACAAAGGGAAGCACAGCCGCGAGCUGCCCAGUGACACAAGACUUCCAGACGAGCUAAACCACUUCUAUGCUCGCUUCGAGGCAAGCAACACUGAAGCAUGCAUGAGAGCACCAGCAGUUCCGGAUGACUAUGUGAUCACGCUCUCCGUAGCCAAUGUGAGUAAGACUUUUAAGCAGGUCAACAUUCACAAGGCUGCAGGGCCAGACUGAUUACCAGGACGUGGACUCCGAGCAUGUGUUGACCAACUGGCAAGUGUCUUCACUGACAUUUUCAACAUGUCCCUGACUGAGUCUGUAAUACCAACAUGUUUCAAGCAGACCACCAUAGUCCCCGUGCCCAAGGACACUAAGAUAACCUGCCUAAAUGACUACCGACCCGUAGCAUUAACGUCUGUAGCCAUGAAGUGCUUUGAAAGGCUGGUCAUGGCUCACAUCAACACCAUUACCCCAGAAACCCUAGACCCACUCCAAUUUGCAUACCGCCCCAACAGAUCCACAGAUGAUGCAAUCUCUAUUGCACUCCACACUGCCCUUUCCCACCUGGACAAGAGGAACACCUACGUGAGAAUGCUAUUCAUUGACUACAGCUCAGCAUUCUACACCAUAGUGCCCUCAAAGCUCAUCACUAAGCUAAGGAUCCUGGGACUAAACACCUCCCUCUGCAACUGGAUCCUGGACUUCCUGACGGGCCGCUCCCAGGUGGUAAGGGUAGGUAACAACACAUCUGCCACAUUGAUCCUCAACACAUUGACUCUGCACCGGUACCCUCCUGUAUAUAUAGCCUCCCUACUGUUAUUUUACUUUACUUCUGCUCUUUUUUUCUCAAUACUUUUUUGUUGUUGUUUUAUUUGACUUUUUUUUAUUACAAAAUAAAUGCAUUGUUGGUUAAGGGCUGCAAGUAAGCAUUUCCCUGUAAUGUCUACACCUGUUGUAUUCGGCGCAUGUGGCCAAUAAAAUUUGAUUUGAUAUGUGCAUGUGUGCUUUGCUACAUAUCAGUGUGUGUAGUUUAAUCUUGUUAUUCUGAAGAUUGGUUGGGAUCAAUAAAUUCAGUAUCAGUUAUUUGGUGUGGCCCUGUCUAGUCACCUCUGCAGUUGAAUAAUGGAUGAAGUGUGUCUCCAAAGGGGUGUGUAUAUAUGUUCAGAGUCCUUCUCUCUGCUUUCAAAGGAUGGAUUCAGGAAAGGUAGGCUCUCCCUUCCUAUGUCAUGAAUACAGCUUUGUUCCUCUGGUCUCAGUUAACUGUUGUUUAUCUAGCUAGCUGUGAGUUGUUAGACUUAAAUUCAACUUUUGACAUUGUCGAUAGUCUGCUGCUGAAAUAAACCUAUGGAAUGGCUUUAUAUCCUCUGCUAUAUUAUGGAUUGAGAGUAACCUGUCUAACUGAACACAGAGGGUGUUCUUUAAUGGAAGCCUCCCCAACAUAGUCUAGGUAGGGCAUACCCCAGGUCAGCUGUCUAGGCCCCUUACUUUUUUAUAUUUUCACUAAUUACCUUCCACUGGCACUGAGUAAACUUAUAUUUUGGAUCAAUUGUUGUGUGGUGAAAGAUGUCUCCAAACAAAAUUAAUGGACAAUAAAAUGUUUAGAAUAUAAGACUUGCUGCAUUACAAGUGUUACCAGUUUGGAGUUUUUUACUAAGUUUUGAAAAUUCACCACAUUAUUGUGAAAAUAGCACCAAAGCGAUUAAAAAAUACUGUAAUUAACCUGCUACUGAAAGAAAUUGGUUCACUAGUACUGCAUCAGACAGCAUAAACACUUAUGGUGCGUGUGUGCAUGUGUGUUUUCGUAUGCACAUGUGUGCAUCUUGUGCACGUGUGUGCCCUUGUUCUACAUAAUUUCUACCAGCAAGUUAAAUGUGCAAACAGAGGAAAAAAAACUCUAGACCACCUUUACUCCACACACAGAGACGUAUAUAAAGCUCUCCCUCGCCCUCCAUUUGGCAAAUCUAACCAUAACUCUAUCCUCCUGAUUCCUGCUUAUAAGCAAAAACUAAAGCAGAAAGCACUAGUGACUCGGUUAAUAAAAAAGUGGUCAGAUGACGCAGAUGCUAAGCUACAGGACUGUUUUGCUAGCACAGACUGGAACAUGUUCCGAGAUUCUUCAGAUAGCAUUGAGGAGUACACCACAUCAGUCACUGGCUUCAUCAAUAAGUGCAUCGAUGACGUUGUCCCCACAGUGACCGUAAGUACAUACCCCAACCAGAAGCCAUGGAUUACAGGCAACAUCCGCACUGAGCUAAAGGGUAGAGGUGCUGCUUUCAAGGAGCGGGACUCUAACCCGGAAGCUUAUAAGAAAUCCCGCUAUGCCCUCCGAUGAACCAUCAAACAGGCAAAGAGUCAGUACAGGACUAAGAUUGAAUCGUACUACACCAGCUCUGACGCUCGUCGGAUGUGGCAGGGCUUGAAAACUAUUACAGAUUACAAAGGGAAGCACAGCCGCGAGCUGCCCAGUGACACAAGACUUCCAGACGAGCUAAACCACUUCUAUGCUCGCUUCGAGGCAAGCAACACUGAAGCAUGCAUGAGAGCACCAGCAGUUCCGGAUGACUAUGUGAUCACGCUCUCCGUAGCCAAUGUGAGUAAGACUUUUAAGCAGGUCAACAUUCACAAGGCUGCAGGGCCAGACUGAUUACCAGGACGUGGACUCCGAGCAUGUGUUGACCAACUGGCAAGUGUCUUCACUGACAUUUUCAACAUGUCCCUGACUGAGUCUGUAAUACCAACAUGUUUCAAGCAGACCACCAUAGUCCCCGUGCCCAAGGACACUAAGAUAACCUGCCUAAAUGACUACCGACCCGUAGCAUUAACGUCUGUAGCCAUGAAGUGCUUUGAAAGGCUGGUCAUGGCUCACAUCAACACCAUUACCCCAGAAACCCUAGACCCACUCCAAUUUGCAUACCGCCCCAACAGAUCCACAGAUGAUGCAAUCUCUAUUGCACUCCACACUGCCCUUUCCCACCUGGACAAGAGGAACACCUACGUGAGAAUGCUAUUCAUUGACUACAGCUCAGCAUUCUACACCAUAGUGCCCUCAAAGCUCAUCACUAAGCUAAGGAUCCUGGGACUAAACACCUCCCUCUGCAACUGGAUCCUGGACUUCCUGACGGGCCGCUCCCAGGUGGUAAGGGUAGGUAACAACACAUCUGCCACAUUGAUCCUCAACACAUUGACUCUGCACCGGUACCCUCCUGUAUAUAUAGCCUCCCUACUGUUAUUUUACUUUACUUCUGCUCUUUUUUUCUCAAUACUUUUUUGUUGUUGUUUUAUUUGACUUUUUUUUAUUACAAAAUAAAUGCAUUGUUGGUUAAGGGCUGCAAGUAAGCAUUUCCCUGUAAUGUCUACACCUGUUGUAUUCGGCGCAUGUGGCCAAUAAAAUUUGAUUUGAUAUGUGCAUGUGUGCUUUGCUACAUAUCAGUGUGUGUAGUUUAAUCUUGUUAUUCUGAAGAUUGGUUGGGAUCAAUAAAUUCAGUAUCAGUUAUUUGGUGUGGCCCUGUCUAGUCACCUCUGCAGUUGAAUAAUGGAUGAAGUUUGUCUCCAAAGGGGUGUGUGUAUAUGUUCAGAGUCCUUCUCUCUGCUUUCAAAGGAUGGAUUCAGGAAAGGUUGGCUCUCCCUCCCUAUGUCAUGAAUACAGCUUUGUUCCUCUGGUCUCAGUUAACUGUUGUUUAUCUAGGUAGCUGUGAGUUGUUAGACUUAAGUUCAACUUUUGACAUUGUCGAUAGUCUGCUGCUGAAAAAAACCUAUGGAAUGGCUUUAUAUCCUCUGCUAUAUUAUGGAUUGAGAGUAACCUGUCUAACUGAACACAGAGGGUGUUCUUUAAUUGAAGCCUCCCCAACAUAGACCAGGUAGGGCAUACCCCAGGUCAGCUGUCUAGGCCCCUUACUUUUUUAUAUUUUCACUAAUGACCUGCCACUGGCACUGAGUAAAGCCUUUUUGUCCAUGUAUGAUGACUCAACAUUAUACACGUCAGCUACCACAGCAAGUGAAAUCACUGCAUCACUUAACAAUGAGCUGCAGUCAGUUUUACAAUGGGUGGCAAGUAAUACACUUUUCCUAAAUAUUUAAAUAACUAAAAACAUUGUAUUUGGGACAAAUCAUUCACUAAACAGUAAACCUCAAAUACAUAUUUUAAUUAAUAAUGUGGAAAUUGAGCAAGUUGAGGAGACUAAACUGCUUGGUGUAACCCUGGAUUGUAAACUGUCAUGGUCAAAACAUAUUGAUGCAACGGUAGCUAAAAUGGCAGAGAGGUCUGUCCAUAAUAAAGUGUUACUCUGCUUUAUUGACAUCGCUAUCAACAAAACAAGUCUUACAGGCCCUAGUUUUAUCUCACCUGGACUACUGCCCAGUCAUAUGGUGCCACAAAGAGUGACAUAGGCAAAUUACAGGUGGCCCAGAACAGAGCACCACGGCUGGCCCUUAAGUGUACACGAACACCUAACAUCAAUAACAUGCAUGUCAAUCUCUCCUGGCUCAAAGUAGAGGAGAGAUUGAUUGCAUCACUACUUGUCUUUGUGAAAGGUAUUGACAUGUUGAAAGCAAGGAGCUGUCUGUUCAGACAACUAGCACACAGCUCAGACACCCAUGCAUACCCCACAAGAUAUGCCACCAGGGGUCUCUUCACAGUCCCCAAGUUCAGAACAGACUCUGGGAAACGCACAGUACUACAUCGAGCCAUGACUACAUGGAACUCUAUUCCACAUCAAUUAACUCAAGCGAGCAGUUAAAUCAGAUUAAAAAAACAAAUAAAACGACACCUUAUGGAACAAUGCGGAUCGUGAAGAGACACACACACACAUUCGCAACAUACACUAACACACCACGCACUGUGAGAAUGUGAUUUGAAGGAGUCAGGCGCAGGAGGGUAAAUCACCGAAUACAGAGUUUAUUCCGUAGGACACAGUUCCGCUGGAUAACGUCAACAAAAUACAGGCACACGGGGAAACAAUAUCCCCGGAAAUACAAGGUACAGGUAGCUCAACCGAGCUACACUCAACUCACAAUAAACAAUCUCCCAAAAGGACAAGGGGGGCAGAGGGAACACUUAUACAUGUACUAAUGAGGGGAUAUGAACCAGGUGUGUGUAAUUGACAAGACAAGACAAAUGGAAUGAUGAGAUAUGGAGCGGCAGUGGCUAGUAGGCCUGUGACGACGAACGCCGAAGCCUGCCCGGACAAGGAGGGGGGGCAGCUUCGGAGGAAGUCAUGACACGCACUGUACACACACGUACAUUGUAAUGUUGGAACAUUGUUGUAUUGUGGUAUAAUACAUUUUGAAUUGUAGAUAUGUAGUUGUAGGGUCGUGGUGUAAAAAUAUGUUGUGUGAUGUACUGUUAUAUAAAAAUUUUUUUUGAUGUAAUUGCCUUAAUCUGGUUUGGACCCCAGGAAGACAAAUGCUAAUUGCUAAUUUUACCCAGCAGUGGUAAGGCUAAUUGUGUGUGAAGUACGCCAAAUACUAAAGCACUGAUCUCUCUCUCUGUCAUGUGCCUUGCUGCCUACCAAUAACUGGGGUUGCGUAGGAAAUGGCACCCUAUUCCCUAUACAGUGUACUUCAUUCUGUGUGCUAUAUAGGGAAUAUGGUGUCAUUUCAAACGCAGCUGGGAAUAAACUCAGUUUGCUGUAAAUGCACACACAGCCUCCACACAUGUUCAUAUCUGGUAAUCACUAUGCACUGUGUGUUCCAGCCAGUACACUAGGGAUGUUGAAGGGAGCACAUUUCAUUUUUUGGGAGUGGAUUUUACAUGGUUUAAUCCCUAAUUAUUCCCCCUAAAUAUCCAUGAACCAACAAGCUGAAGCUGCAAAGGUUUUACACAAUAGUUUUUACAAUCUGAAAUAUUACAGUGUUUUUCAAUAUCUUUGGCACAAUAUUCAGAUGUAUUGUGUUAUAUUUUCAAAUCUCUUUGUACAAAACACAAAACCAAUAACACUUUUAAUGACCCCUGUCUUGCAUUUAUGUUCAUCAUCUUUGAUUUGAACAACACUUUUCUGUAAAAUACAGUACCAUGACAACAUUUUGUUUAGCCACCAAUACAUCAGAUAAUGAUAAGCUGACCGUUUACUUAAAUAACAUUUAAUCCAAUAGUAAAAAAUGCUAUAUAUUAUUUUUGAAAGUGAAGUGGAAUAUUAGAUGGCAAAUAUCAUUUUCCAUACAGUAUUUGGCUAUAACUAGAUUAUUUUUAUUGUUUUAUUAAAUAUGUCAGUCUUAGAGUUCCCCUGCUGAUUUUGUACGUUUGCCCAAUGACAUGAUCCGUCUAUCAUUUUAAUGGUAGGUUUAUUUGAACAGUGAGAGACAGACAACCAACAAUAAAAAUCAAGAAAAACGCAUGUCAAAAAAGUAAUAAAUUGAUUUGCAUUUUAAUUAGGGAAAUAAGUAUUUGACCCCUCUGCAAAACAUGACUUAGUACUUGGUGGCAAAACCCUUGUUGGCAAUCACAGAGGUCAGACGUUUCUUGUAGUUGGCCACCAGGUUUGCACACAUCUCAGGAGGGAUUUUGUCCCACUCCUCUUUGCAGAUCUUCUCCAAGUCACUAAGGUUUCGAGGCUGACAUUUGGCAACUCGAACCUUCAGCUCCCUCCACAGAUUUUCUAUGGGAUUAAGUUCUGGAGACUGGCUAGGCCACUCCAGGACCUUAAUGUCCUUCUUCUUGAGCCACUCCUUUGUUGCCUUGGCCGUGUGUUUUGGGUCAUUGUCAUGCUGGAAUACCCAUCCACAACCCAUUUUCAAUGUCCUGGCUGAGGGAAGGAGGUUCUCACCCAAGAUUUGACGGUACAUGGCCCCGUCCAUCGUCCCUUUGAUGCGGUGAAGUUGUCCUGUCCCCUUAGCAGAAAAACACCCCCAAAGCAUAAUGUUUCCACCUCCAUGUUUGACGGUGGGGAUGGUGUUCUUGGGGUCAUAGGCAGCAUUCCUCCUCCAAACACGGCGAGUUGAGUUGAUGCCAAAGAGCUCGAUUUUGGUCUCAUCUGACCACAACACUUUCACCCAGUUCUCCUCUGAAUCAUUCAGACGUUCAUUGGCAAACUUCAGAUGGGCCUGUAUAUGUGCUUUAUUGAACAGGGGGACCUUGCGGGCGCUGCAGGAUUUCAGUCCUUCACGGCGUAGUGUGUUACCAAUUGUUUUCUUGGUGACUACGUUCCCAGCUGCCUUGAGAUCAUUAAAAAGAUCCUCCCGUGUAGUUCUGGGCUGAUUCCUCACCGUUCUCAUGAUGAUUGCAACUCCACGAGGUGAGAUCUUGCAUGGAGCCCCAGGCCGAGGGAGAUUGACAGUUAUUUUAUGUUUCUUCCAUAUAUAUAUAUAUAUAUAUAUAUAUAUAUAUACAGUGGGGAAAAAAAGUAUUUAGUCAGCCACCAAUUGUGCAAGUUCUCCCACUUAAAAAGAUGAGAGAGGCCUGUAAUUUUCAUCAUAGGUACACGUCAACUAUGACAGACAAAUUGAGAGAAAAAAUCCAGAAAAUCACAUUUUAGGAUUUUUAAUGAAUUUAUUUGCAAAUUAUGGUGGAAAAUAAGUAUUUGGUCACCUACAAACAAGCAAGAUUUCUGGCUCUCACAAACCUGUAACUUCUUCUUUAAGAGGCUCCUCUGUCCUCCACUCGUUACCUGUAUUAAUGGCACCUGUUUGAAUAUGUUAUCAGUAUAAAAGACACCUGUCCACAACCUCAAACAGUCACACUCCAAACUCCACUAUGGCCAAGACCAAAGAGCUGUCAAAGUGGAACAGGUUGAGAGCUUCAAGUUCCUUGGUGUCCACAUCACCAACGAACUAUCAUGGUCCAAACACACCAAGACAGUCGUGAAGAGGGCACGACAAAGCCUAUUCCCCCUCAGGAGAUUCGGCAUGGGUCCUCAGAUCCUCAAAAAAUUCUACAGCUGCACCAUCGAGAGCAUCCUGACUGGUUGCAUCACCGCCUGGUAUGGCAACUGCUUGGCCUCCGACCACAAGGCACUACAGAGGGUAGUGCGUACGGCCCAGUACAUCACUGGGGCCAAGCUUCCUGCCAUCCAGGACCUCUAUACCAGGUGGUGUCAGAGGAAGGCCCUCAAAAUUGUCAAAGACUCCAGCCACCCUAGUCAUAGACUGUUCUCUCUGCUACCGCACUGCAAGCGGUACCGGAGUGCCAAGUCUAGGUCCAAAAGACUUCUCAACAGCUUCUACCCCCAAGCCAUAAAACUCCUGAACAGCUAAUCAUGGCUACCCGGACUAUUUGCACUGCCCCCCCACCCCAUCUUUUUACGCUGCUGCUACUCUGUUAAUUAUUUAUGCAUAGUCACUUUAACUCUACCCACAUGUACAUAUUACUUCAACUACCUCAACUAGCCGGUGCCCCCGCACAUUGACUCUGCACCGGUACCCCCCUGUAUAUAUAGCCUCCCUACUGUUAUUUUAUUUUACUUCUGCUCUUUUUUUCUCAACACUUUUUUUGUUGUUUUAUUUUACUUUUUUAUUAAAAAUAAAUCCACUGUUGGUUAAGGGCUGUAAGUAAGCAUUUCACUGUAAUGUCUGCACCUGUUGUAUUCGGCGCAUGUGGCCAAUAAAAUUUGAUUUGAUUUGAUUUGCGAAUAAUCACACCAACUGUUGUCACCUUCUCACCAAGCUGCUUGGCGAUGGUCUUGUAGCCCAUUCCAGCCUUAUGUAGGUCUACAAUCUUGUCCCUGACAUCCUUGGAGAGCUCUUUGGUCUUGGCCAUGGUGGAGAGUUUGGAAUCUGAUUGAUUAAUUGCUUCUGUGGACAGGUGUCUUUUAUACAGGUAACAAACUGAGAUUAGGAGCACUCCCUUUAAGAGUGUGCUCCUAAUCUCAGCUCGUUACCUGUAUAAAAGACACCUGGGAGCCAGAAAUCUUUCUGAUUGAGAGGGGGUCAAAUACUUAUUUCCCUCAUUAAAAUGCAAAUCAAUGUAUAAAAAUGUUUACAUGCGUUUUUCUGGAUUUUGUUGUUGUUAUUCUGUCUUUCACUGUUCAAAUAAACCUACCAUUAAAAUUAUAGACUGAUCAUUUCUUUGUCAGUGUACAAAAUUAGCAGGGGAUCAAAUACUUUUUUCCCUCACUGUAUGAUUUGACCGUCCAACAUAAAUUGAUGUCAAUUGAUACAUUUAUGAUGUAAAAAUCUAUAAUUUUACAGUGUUCAGUAGUUAUCAAACUAGGCCAUAAAAACCUAGACACUAUCAAAUUAAAACAUGUCAAAAGUAUUGUGAAUAUUGCAUUUUGCAGAAUACUUGAAAAGGGUGAUUUGGUGCAGUGAACAAGUGACUUUGUGAAUUUGUUUGUUGUGAGUCAAUUGAAAAUGUGCUCAGAGUAUAUCUGUGUGUGUGUGUGCUUAUUUGUCAGUCUGCGUAUUUCAAUCUAACCUCCCCUUCCUCAUGCUCUUCUCCCCAGCCAAGUGGAGGAGAAGCAUCAGCAGCUCGGGUCUGGUCUCCUCUGUCCGUCCUUACAGCUCCAUCACAGAGGGGAUAUCUCCCCUCAGCUUCCCCAUCCUGCCUUACACUAAACCUGCUGCACUAACCACAGAGUCCACAGGUAACAUAUCCUGCACUGCAUGGCCAGCACUAUAAAAGCCUACAACUGGAACUGACACACUUACUUUUCUCGCCACUAUCCAACCAGCAUAGACAGAGUGGUGAACAUUUUAUUGAUUGAUCAUUUGUCCAUAAACGUGUAUUUUAUUUAUCUCAUAUAGUUCUUAUUCCCUUACUCACACCUUACAGUAAGUCACUCGCUCGUGCAUUAUUCACUCACUCACUCACCAACUUGUUUAUGGCUUCCAAUGACCUUAAAACCAGCCAUCAUGCAGUGUAUCCGAUUUCUGAGAUGAAUUUUCUGUACAAAGUAACAUGAGACAACUAACACUUUAUCAUCAUUAGACAAGAGCAAAUUGUGUUUAUUUUAGCAUUUCUUGCACGUUUGAAAAUGCCAGGCUUGUAUUUUAGGUAAGAUAAUGCAGUACUAAGCAUUAGAGACUAAAGGAAGACAUUUUAUCCUCCAGCUUUAUAGAACUGCAUUGAGAGCAAGUCAGCUAACUUCACAUUUUAGAGUGAAAGUUGUAGAGAGAAAAUCACCUCAGAAAACCCUAAUUUUGAUCUUUGGUGAUCUUAUGUCAGUGGAGGCUCCUCAGAGGAGGAAGGGGAGGACCAUCCUCCUCAGUAAAAAUAAAAAAUGUGUACAACUUUUUAAAAGUUAUCCUUUUUAGAUACAACUAUACUAAAUAUAUUCACAUGUUACCAAAUAAUUGAUUUAAACACACUUUAUUUGCAAUGAAGGUCUACAGUAGCCUCAACAGUACUCUGUAGGGCAGAACCAUGGUGUAGCCGGAGGACAGCUAGCUUCCGUCCUCCUCUGGGUACAUUGACUUCAAUACAAAACUUAGGAGGCUCAUGGUUCCUGAGGACGUCCACCAACCUAUCAGAGCUCUUGCAGCGUGAACUGACAUGUUGUCCACCCAAUCAAAGGAUCAGAUAAUGAAUCUAGUACUGAAAGCUACAGCUAGCUAGCACUGCAGUGCAUACAAUGUGGUGAGUAGUUAACUCAAAGAGAAAGACAAUAGUUGAACAGUUUUGAACAAAUUAAUUUCUUCCAAAAUGAAGGAGAAGCAAGAGAGAGAGAGAUAAAGAGAUUUCACAAUUUUUUUCACUCUCAGUUUCACUUACUUAGCUAGCAAAUGCAGCUAGCUAGUUAAGCCUACUCAAACACCCUGCUAUAAAAAGCAUAAGCUGGCACACACCCAGAGAAAAUUACUUAGUGUAGAGGUGCUGACUAACAGUGAGAACUUUUGGAUAUCAGAGCAGCGGGAACUCACCAGGAAUAUGACUUUCCCGAAUUGGAAUUGGAGGCUGAACCAAGACGCCGCCGGUAGAGAAGAGGUAUUCGGAGUGGACUUCUAGUCCGACUCAGGAGGCGUGCUCACCAUCCACCACUUCCGAGUAUAUUACUCGCUAAUGUUCAGUCUCUGGACAAUAAAUAAGACGAGCUCAGGGCGGGGAUCUCCUUCCAGAGAGACAUCAGGGACUGUAACAUACUCUGUUUCACGGAAUCAUGGCUCUCUCCUGAUAUACUGUUCCCUUUCAUACAGCCAGCUGGGUUCUCAGUAAUAAAGAAUUCUCCGGGAAGAAGAAAGGCGGUGGUGUAUGUUUAAUGAUUAACUACUCAUGGUGUGAUUGUGAUAACGUACAGAAACUAAAUUCCUUUUGUUCACCCGACCUAGAAUACCUCACAAUCAAAUGCCGACUGUAUUACCUCCCAAGAGAACUAGCUUCGGUUAUAGUCUCAGCCGUGUAUAUUCCCCCUCAAGCCGAUACCAUGACGGUCCUCAAGGAACUACACUGGACUUUGUGCAAACUGGAAACCACAUAUCCUAAGGCCGCAUUUAUUGUAGCUGGGGAUUUUAACAAAGCAAAUUGGAGGAAAACGCAACCGAAGUUCUAUCAACACAUUGACUGUAAAACUUGCGCUGCUAAAACGCUCGACCACUGCUACUGCCCAUUCUGGGAUGCCUACAAGGCCCUCCCCCGCCCCCCCCCCCUUCGGCAAAUCAGAUCACGACUCCAUUUUGCUCCUCCCUUCCUAUAGGCAGAAACUCAAACAGGAAUGACCUGUGCUAAGGUCUAUUCAACGCUGGUCUAACCAAUCAGAAUCCAUGCUUCAAGAUUGUUUUGAUCACGUGGACUGGGAUGUAUUCUGGGUAGCCUCUGAGAAUAACAUUGACGUUUAUACGGUCACAGUGACUGAGUUCAUCAGGAAGUGUAUAGGGAAUGUUGUUCCCACUGUGAUUAUUAAAACCUACCCAAACCAGAAACCGCGGAUAGAUGGCAGCAUUCGCGCAAAACUGAAAGCGCGAACCACCGCAUUUAACCAUGGCAAGGUGACUGGGAAUAUGGUUGAAUAUAAACAGUGUAGUUAUUCCCUCCGUAAGGCAAUCAAACAGGCAAAACGUCAGUACAGAGACAAAGUGGAGUCGCAAUUCAACAGCUCAGACAUGAGACAUAUGUGGCAGGGUCUACAGACAAUCACGGAUUACAAAGGGAAAACCAGCCACGUCGCGGACACAAACGUUUUGCUCCUGGACAAGCUAAACACCUUCGUCCGCUUUGAGGAUAACACAGUGCCAUUGACGCGGCCCGCUCCCAAGGACUGUGGGCUCUCGUUCUCUGUGGCCGACAUGAGUAAGACAUUUAAGCGUGUUAACCAUCGCAAGGCCUAGCUGGCAUCCCUAGCCGCAUCCUCAGAGCAUGCGCAGACCAGCUGGCUGGAGUGUUUACGGACAUAUUAAAUCUCUCCCUAUCCCAGUCUGCUGUCCCCACUUGCUUCAAGAUGUCCCCCAUUGUUCCUGUACCCAAGAAAGCAAACGUAACUGAAAUAAAUGACUAUCGCCCCGUAGCACUCACUUCUGUCAUCAUGAAGUGUUUGAGACGCUAGUUAAGGAUCAUAUCACCUCUACCUUACCUGACAACCUAGUCCCACAAAUUUGCAUAAUGCCCCAAUAGAUCCACAGACGAUUCAAUCGCCAUUGCACUGCACACUACCUUAUCCCAUCUGGACAAGAGGAAUACCUAUGUAACAAUGCUGUUCAUUGACUAUAGCUCAGCAUUCAACACCAUAGUACCCUCCAAGCUCAUCAGUAAGCUCAGGGCCCUGGGUCUGAACCCCGCCCUGUGCAACUGGGUCCUGGACUUCCUGAUGGGCCGCCCCCAGGUGGUGAAGGUAGGAAACAACACCUCCACUUCGCUGAUCCUCAACACAGGGGCCCCACAAGGGUGUGUGCUCAGCCCCCUCCUCUCCCUGUUCACCCAUGACUGCGUGGCCAUUCACACCUCCAACUCAAUCAUCAAGUUUGCAGACGACAACAGUGGUAGGCCUGAUUACCAACAAUGAUGAGACAUCCUACAGGGAGGAGGUGAGGGCCCUGGAGGAGUGGUGCCAGGAAAAUAAUGAAGGAGCUGAUCGUGGACUUCAGGAAACAGCAGAAGGAGCACGCCCCUAUCCACAUCGAUGGGACCGCAGUGGAGAAGGUGAAAAGCUUCAAGUUCCUCAGCGUACACAUCACUGACAAUCUGAAAUGGUCCACCCACACAGACAGUGUGGUGAAGAAGGCGAAACGGCGCCUCUUCAACCUCAGGAGGCUGAAGAAAUUUGGCUUGGCCCCUAAGACCCUCACAAACUUUUACAGAUGCACAAUUGAGAGCAUCCUGUCGGGCUGUAUCACCGCCUGGUACGGCAACUGCACCGCCCACAACCGCAGGGCUCUCCAGAGGGUGGUGCGGUCUGCCCAAUGCAUCACCGGGGGCACGCUGCCUGUCCUCCAGGCCACCUACAGCACCUGAUGUCACAGGAAGGCCAAAAAGAUCAUCAAGGACAUCAACCACCCGAGCCACGGCCUGUUCACCCCGCUACCAUCCAGAAGGCGAGGUCAGUACAGGUGCAUCAAAGCUGGGACCGAGAGACUGAAAAACAGCUUCUAUCUCAAGGCCAUCCGACUGUUAAAUAGCCAUCACUACCACCCGGUUACUCAACCCUGCACCUUAGAGGCUGCUGCCGUAUGUUCAUAGACAUGGAAUUACUGGUCACGUUAAGAAUGGAACACUAGUCACUUUAAUAAUGUUUACAUACUCCUUUACUCAUUUCAUAUGUAUGUACUAUAUUCUAUUCUACUGUAUUUUAGUCAAUGCCACUCCGACAUUGCUCGGCCUAAUAUUUAUAUAUUUCUUAAUUCCAUUCUUUUACUUUUAGAUUUGAGUGCAUUUUUGUGAAUUGUUAGAUACUACUGCACUGUUUGAGCUAGGAACACAAGCAUUUCGCUACACCCGCAAUAACAUCUGCUAAAUCUUACCAAUACAAUUGGAUUUGUAUGAUUUGAUUAAUCAUACAUAUUUCAUCUUACAAGUCUGGAAAUUAUCAUAACAUAAUUUCAAGCACAUUAAACUUAUGACUUAUAAAUUAUGAUCCCUGGCUUGAAGAAAUGCAUCUAGGCUCACAGAAUGAGAACACAAGAGUGUAAUGAGGAGCUUAUGGGUUCGUAAAAAAAGAUGGACGAGCUCAAGCAAAACAAGACUGUAAAUAUCUUCAUCUCCCAAUAGGAAUCCAGAAUGUAUCUUACUUUAUCUCAACGUAGUAGGCUGCGUCAGAAUAUUUUAUCUAGAGCCUUGAUGGUGUCUAUCUGUGGCACCAGCCAGGCAGCCAGUCUUAUGAACGUUCAUUGGCUCAAGACGCCUCCAUAUAUAAAUCAAUAUAAAAGGGUACAGGAAUAUGAUGUACAUCGCAUGCAAUUGGUUUUAGUUGUGCUGAUUUGGAAUCCACAAUGGAGGUUUUAUCGUUAUAGAGUGUUGAUGGUCUAUUCUAGGAUAUCAGUCACUCUAGGUGCCAAUUCCAAUUCGACCCCUUGCCCCUACCCUUAGGCACUUCAUGUACAGUAACUUCAGAAAGUAUUCACACCACUUGACUUUUUCCACAUUUUGUUGUGUUACAGAAUGGGAUAAAAGUGGAUGUAAUUGUCAUUUUGGAAGUGGAAGAAAAAUUCUAACAUUUAUUUUUUAUUAAUGGAAAAUUAAACACUAAUAUAGCUUGAUUAGAUAAGUAUUCAACCCUGUGAGUCAAUACAAGUUAGAAUUACCUUUGGCAGCGAUUACAGCUGUGAGUCUUUCUGGGUAAGUCGUAAGAGCCUUGCACACCUGGAUUGUACAAUAUUUGCCCAUUAAUAUUAAAACAAUUAUUCAUAUCUGUCAAGUUGGUUGUUGAUCAUUGCUAGACAGCCUCUUUCAAGUCUUGCCAUUGAUUUUCAAGCCGAUUUAAGUCAAAACUGUAACUAGGCCACUCAGGAACAUUCAAUACCAUUUUUUUUUGCAGUAUUAUUUUUAUUCUGUACAGGCUUCCUUCUUUUCACUCUGUCAUUUAUGUUAGUAUUGUGGAGUAACUACAAUGUUGUUGAUCCAUCCUCAGUUAUCUCCUAUCACAGUCAUUAAACUCUGUAACUGUUUUAAAUCACCAUUGGCCUCAUGGUGAAAUCCCUGAGCGGUUUCCUUCUUCUCUGGCAACUGAGUUAGGAAGGGUGCCUGUAUCUUUGUAGUGACUGGGUGUAUUGAUACACAACUCAAAGUGUAAUUAAUAACUGCUCCAUGCUCAAUGGGAUAUUCAAUGUCAGUUUUUGUUUUGUUUUACCCAUCUACCAGUACGUGCCCUUUGUGAACCAUUGGAAAUCCUCCAUGGUCUUUGUGGUUGAAUCUGUGCUUUAAAUUCACUGCUCAACUGAGGGACCUUACAGAUAAUUGUAUGUGUGGGGUACAGAGAUGGGGGUAGUCAUUUAAAAAUCAUGUUAAACACUGUUAUUGCACAGUGUGUCCAUGCAACUUAUUAUGUGACUUGUUAAGCACAUUUUUACUGCUGAAAUUAUUUAGACUUGCCAUAACAAAGGGGUUGAAUACUUAUUGACUCAAACCAUUUCAGCUUUUCAUUUUUUAUUAAUUUGUAAACACUUUGACAUUAUGGGAUAUUGUGUGUAGAUCAGUUACACAAAAUUUCAAUUUAAUACAUGUUGAAUUCAGGCUGUAACACAACAAAAUGUGGAAAAAGUCAAGGGGUGAGAAUACUUUCUGAAGGCACCGUAUUUUUGAAAGGGUUAGAUUGCUGACAGCAAAAUGGUAAUAGUUCCAUCUUGACCUUUGAUGCUCGCUAGGUAGACUUUUUUUUUGCAUUAUUUCAAUUAUAUAUUUCUUUCAAAUCUGUACAAGUGCCUAAGGAGUAUGGGCUAGGGGUUGAUUUGGGAUAGUGUGAAGGCUUUCUAUGGCUCUCCCUCUCUAUUUUGAACCCAUUUCCUCUCUUUCUUUUUUCCAGCUCCAUUCUCUGCAUCCAGCCACCCUCUGCGCCAGCAACAGACUCUCCCAGGGAGGGGCUCCUGCAGCCUUAACUCGGCUUACCACAGUAAGACUCAUCACUGUUAUGAAGCAUGAUGUACUAUUGCUGAGUUAAAAGACGUGAAGACCCAUAAUUCCAUGAGUGAUCAUGUUGUCCUUGCAAGUAAUAACUCACACUGAAAUAUGUUCAUUCACCAACAGUACUGCAGCAUGCUCACUCCACAGCAAUAUCAUCAACUGAAAUAUAUCACACUAUUCCCAAAACAUUUGUAUUUACCUCAUAUUUUACUUCCACUGAACUAUUGUGUUCAGUACACUACAGAAACAGUAACGGAGCUGCAGUGAAUUCAUAGAUUAGCUUUAACAACACAUUACUGUACCAUACAUUACCGUCUCAUUAUUAUCUGAAGCUGUGGAAGACCAUCGUCCAACUUCCAGAACCCUAUAUCGGUUUUGAUUGUUUGUUUUUUAAAGCGUCUUUGAGAAUCUCAUUUGAAUGAAAAUAGAAAAUAAAAAUUGUUUCCCGUGUAGCUCAGUUGGUAGAGCAUGGCGCUUGCAACGCCAGGGUUGUGGGUUCGUUUCCCACGGGGGGCCAGUAUGAAAAAUGUAUGCACUCACUAACUGUAAGUCGCUCUGGAUAAGAGCGUCUGCUAAAUGACUUAAAUGUAAAUGUAAAAUUAUUAUUAUUCAUUAGCGUACAUUAGCAUACAUUACUGUGUCCUCUGUAGUUGCAGGUGUGAGUCGGCAGCAUGCUGCGGUCAGCCCCCAGUCUUCCAUGGACAGUGAGGUGGGCACCUCAGAGCUGGAGGAUGGCACUAUAUCUAUGGGCUAUAAACUACAGGACAUGACGGACGUACAGGUCAUGGCUCGACUGCAGGAGGAGAGUGAGUAGAGUACGCUCUACUGUUUUUGUUAUGAUAAAUAUCUUCAUCAGUUGGAAAUUGUACAUGUAGAAAUGAACAAUAAACUCAAUAACACUUUGUAUUGGAUACACCUUAUGAACACGCUAGAUGAUGUGGAAGGAACAUAUGUAGCUGUAAUGCUAACAAUAUAUUUUGUUCAACCAUGAAGCAUAAAUGUGACCGACCGGCUCGAUUCGGUCUUAUGUAGCAACAUUUGAAAUUAUGUUUUUUACAUUGGAUAAAAGUAGAAAAAAGUAUAUCAUACACUACAGUUGAGGAACAAUGGGAAAGUAAUUCUGCUUUGAAAGUUGAUAAACUUGUAACCCCACAUUUGAAGAAAUGGCCCUUGAAUGUUUUGGUACACCUAUUGGAGAGCUCUUCUUUGUUUACACCCAUUCAGCAUUGUUCACACCCUCUUAAGCCUUAGCCCCACCCAUCUCUUUAAGGAUUCACAUGAGGCCAUGUGCUAAACAGAGUGAGUAUGGUAGUGUAUGUUUGUAUACAGUUGUCGCAGUGACAUCAUGAACAUUCUAUUGUCGUCCGACAUCAAAUUUGUCGUUGUCGUUAUGAAAAAGUAUAAACACAAAAACGACAGGCUGCAUGACAUCAGCAGCCUGGUGGUCCAAAAUAGCAUAACUGGUGUAUUUUAACAAUAAUAAACCCAUGCAAACCAUGCAACUAAAAGCAACUUUCUAAACAAUGUUUUGGUUAGUUUCUAGCUUGUUAGCUAGCUAACGUUAAGUUAGCUGGCUAGCCAGUUCCAAUAAUGACCAUAUCAUAAACAGUGCAUUCGGAAAGUAUUCAGACCCCUCGACUUUUCCACAUUUUGUUACGUUACAUUAUUCUAAAAUGUAUUUAAUAGUUUUUUCCCCCCUCAUCAAUCUACACACAGUACCCCAUAAUGACAAAGAAAAAACAGGUUUCUAUAAAGUUUUGCAAAUGUAUUAAAAAUAAAAAACUGAUAUCACAUUUACAUAAGUAUUCAGACCCUUUACUCAGUACUCUGUUGAAGCACCUUUGGCAGCGAUUACAGCCUCGAGUCUUCUUGGGUAUGACGCUACAAGCUUGGCACACCUGUAUCUGGGGAGUUUCUCCCAUUUUUCUCUGCAGAUCCUGUCAAGCUCUGUCAGGUUGGAUUGGGGAGCGUCACUGCACAGCUAUUUUCAGGUCUCUCCAGAGAUGUUCGAUCGCAUUCAAGUCCGGGCCCUGGCUGGGCCACUCAAGGACACUCAGAGACUUGUCCCAAAGCCACUCCUGCAUUGUCUUGGCUGUGUGCUUAGGGUUGUUGUCCUGUUGGAAGGUAAACCUUCGCCUCAGUCUGAGGUCCUGAGUGCUCUGGUGCAGGUUUUCAUCAAGGAUCUCUCUGUACUUUACUCCAUUCAUCUUUCUGUCGAUCCUGACUAGUCUCCCAGUCCCUGCCGUUGAAAAACAUCCCCACAGCAUGAUGCUGCCACCAUCAUGCUUCACCGUAGGGAUGGUGUCAGGUUUCCUCCAGACGUGACGCUUGGCAUUCAAUCUUGGUUUCAUCAGACCAAAGAAUCUUGUUUCUCAUAGUCUGAGAGUCCUUUAGGUGCCUUUUGAUAAACUCCAAGUGGGCUGUCAUGUGCCUUUUACUGAGGAGUGGCUUCCGUCUGGCCACUCUACCAUAAAGGCCUGAUUGGUGGAGUGCUGCAGAGAUGGUUGUCCUUCUGGAAGGUACUCCCAUCUCCACAGAGGAACUCUGGAGCUCUUUCAGAGUGACUAUCAGGUUCUUGGUCACCUCCCUGAACAAGGCCCUUCUCCCCCGAUUCCUCAGUUUGGCCGGGUGGCCAGCUCUAGGAAGUGUCUUGGUGCUUCCAAACUUCUUCCAUUUAAGAAUGAUGGAGGCCACUGUGUUCUUGGGGACCUUCAAUGCUGCAGACAUUUUUUGGUAUCCAUCCCCAGAUCUGUGCCUCGACACAAUCCAGUCUCGGAGCUCUACAGCAAUUUCCUGGCUCUGACAUGCACUGUCAACUGUGGGACCUUAUCUAGACAGGUGUGUGCCUUUCCAAAUCAUGUCCAAUCAAUUGAAUUUACCACAGGUAGACUCCAAUCAAGUUGUAGAAACAUCUCAAGGAUGAUCAAUGGAAACAGGAUGCACCUGAGCUCAAUUUCGAGUCUCAUAGGAAACGGUCUGAAUACUUAUGUAAAUAAGGUAUUUCUGUUUUUUAUUUUAAAUACAUUUGCAAACAUUUCUAAAAACCUGUUUUCACUUUGUCAUUAUGGGGUAUUAUGUGUAGAUUGAUGAGAUUAUUAUUUUUUAAAUCAACUUUAGAAUAACGCUGUAACGUAACAAAUUGUGGAAAAAGUCAAGGGGUCUGACUACUUUCCGAAUGCACUGUAGCUGACAACGUCUUACCUUUAUCUAAUUUGUAAUCAUUAUUACAGGAAAAUAACUCACAACAAGAUCAUUUUUUACAAGUUAAUGGUGAGCCAAUUACAGAAAAUAGCUUAAGGUUGUGAGUGUGACGAGAAAAAAUCAGGGCAUUCUACCAGAGAAUUUUAGAAUUUGGACACUGUCUCGUUGGUCUAACGUUAUCCUAAUUUGACUUUGGUGCAGGUCAUGUUGUUCUUCACAUUACAGUGUAUGGUAAACACACUAUAUCAAAUAAAAUCAAAGUUUAUUCGUCACAGGAUACAGAAUGUGUAAACGGCACAGUGAAAUGGUUACUUGCAUAGUGAAGUAUUUUGUUUAGACAUGUAGCUAGAUAAACAAUUAACCAUAAUCCCAACUCAUAAUGUUACAUUAAAAUUUUAGUCAUUUAGCAGACGCUCUUAUACAGAGCGAUUUACAGGAGCAAUCAGGGUUAAGUGCCUUGCUCAAGGGCACAUCGACAGAUUUUUCACCUAGUCGGCUCAGGGAUUAGAACCAGCGACCUUUCGGUUACUGGCACAACGCUCUUAACCACUAAGCUACCUGUUACUAUCCUGCAUGAAUCUACAGGUAGCUAAAGCUAACCAACUAGGUUCAAUGUUAACUAGCUAGCUAACAUUAGGCUAUAACUAGCAAUGCAAAUGGAUCGGAGUUACAAAUAAUAUUACUACACAGAUCAUACACAUAACAUUAGCUAGAGAGCCAGCCAGCCAGCUAAUGUUAGCUAGCUAGCUUACAGUACGCUUUAACUUGCAAUGAAAAUGACUUUCUGACUAAAUUAAAAACGUAUAAUAUCAGAAAAUGUAGCUAGCUAGACUCUCUUACCCGUAUACAUUGAUGAACACUUCUCCCUCUCUGUCACGGAUGUCAUGGUUGCCCUUAGUUUAAGAUGUAAUCCUCCGCAUAUUUGCAAUCAAGCACCUUAGCUAUCAAUGCUUCCACUGGGCAUUCCACUGAUUUCAAAACUCGCUCCUCCAGAAAGUGGAGAGUAUUAGCAACACUUUUGCAGUUCUUUGUGAUAUCUUUAAAAAAAGCAGCGUUAGAAAGGAUUAACUACACAUACUGACCAGCUCAUGUUAUAGACAGAAGCGUGUUACAUGGUAGACCAAUCCGAACUCAUCUCUCGGCAUGUCUGGCCCAUCCAUUAUCUCAGCGAAUCGUGGCUAGUGGGAAGGUUCCUUUCUUUUUCCAUUGCUAAACCAACUAGGCUCAUAAUUUAACAAUUUUAUUCGUAUUUACAGAUGGCAUACAAGUUUGUUAUUAAGGCACAUGAAAGUUCACAUGUUCCAAAAUGCAUUUCUGCCCAAAAAUGCAUUUUGAUAAAAAUAAAUGUUUACGUUCAAAUGCCUCUCCUAGUGACGCGUGACAUAUGCCUUGUUUCCCGAAACGAGUCACAAAUCUGCUCACACUGUUUAUUGAACUCAAGGCCUGUGAAAUUUAAACCAACAUGAUAAGAAAAUAAUUUUCAAACUAUAUUUGGAAAGUUGGCCUCUCCCUACAUUCAACAGCAUGACACUGAUGUAUGAAGCUGUGUUUUAGUGGCCAAGGUCAAACUUCUAUUACUAUACUAAACUAUUUUAAGACACCAUUAUCUUGUGUGCGUGUACGUGUGCCAUCAAAACCCUGUCACACAACUCCCUCGGAUCAACUGAGACAACAAAAUCCACACACGUGUCUAUAGAUCCUCAGCUUCCUUUGGAUGCCUCCGGGCCAGGGUCUUCGAUAAUCGUAACCUCAAGACCCACACCAAGGUCGCAGUAUACAAUGCUGUUUGUGUCUCCACCCUGCUUUACAGUUCAGAGACCUGGUCCGCAUACAGGGGACACAUACACAUCUUGAAAGCCUUCCACAUCAGAGGCCUCCAACGCAUCUUAGUGCUAAACUGGAAGGACAGAGUACCGCACAAUGAUAUCCUCGCCAACACCAAGUCGACCAAGUCGACCUUUGAGGCAAGCAUGGUUAAACAACUCUUCCAUUUGUUUUGCCACGUGAUCCACAUGCCUGAGCACCGUGUCCUCCACCGAGUUCUCUACGGCCAACUAAGUGCAGCCAAACGCUCUGCUGAUGGUCAGAAAAAGCGCUUAAAAGACCACAGCAAGGACAUCCUGAAGUGCUGCAACAUCAACCCCUUAAGCCUACAAACUCUUGCACUCAACAGGUCCAUUUGACAGUCCUCCUGUGCCAAAGGGGUUCAGCACCUCGAAGAUACCAACUUACAGAGGAGAAGCGAGAAACUCACCCAGAGACACCAACGCGCAGCUGUAAUUACGCCAUUGGACUCACAGCAUACUGUACGUGUCCCACCUGCAGCAGAGUGUAUGGCUCCCGCAUCGGUCUCCACAGCCACAUGAAGUGGCACCAGCACCAAAAGCGCUAACCUCCCACUACCCCCUAUCCACAAUGGACAGCCAAGAUGGGGUGUGUACGUGCGUGCUUGCGUGCGCCAGUGCGUCCGUGUGUGCAUGUGUAUCCUGUUGUUUUUGGGUGUGUUUAUGCCUAAUCAUAGGCUGCACCUCCCUCUAACGGCGGCGCAAUAGUGGUGCCCUAAAGUCGUGAUAAGCCCUGUCAUUCUGGACAGAUGCUAACGACGUUUAAUAAAAAUUACACUGUAGUGCCUGGAAAUACGAUGACAUUGCUAAAGUAGUCAAAUAUUUAGUAGGAAACAACUUUACCAAUAUUAUCAUGUCAUCAAAUUUACUUAAGACAGAUAGCAAUGUUGUCAUUAGCUAGCAAAGUUGGUCAAAAACAGCUAGUGAUGCUAACGUUAGCUAGCGAAAACCUGGUAUCCUCCCCUCAAUCUUAGCUAACUAACUAACGUUAUACUGCAUCUAAAGUCAAUCUGGCGAUAUCAAAAUGUUGUCAAAAGGUUUUCCUACUAAUUAUUUGCCUCCUAUUAUUUGCCUCCUAUAUAAUGCAUUUUUUAUGAUAUCUUCAUCAACGCUCAUUGACGAGUAGAAUGCUCAGUCGGGCAUCAGUCCAAAACUAACGUUCAAAAGAAUAUUGUGAUGAAACAUGCAACCCACGAAUACAUGUAUGUCUCCCUUCACCAGGCCUGCGUCAGGAGUAUGCCACUAGCUCUACUUCAGCCACGGCCAGCCGUCGCAGCUCCAGCUUCUCCCUCCGGUGCAGCAAGAUGGACCUGGAGGAGGAAGAGGAGGAUGAGGAGGGCUACAACCAUCUCCCUCCGCCCCAGCCUCGGCUGCUCCGGACCGGGUCCAUGCAGUGGGGCAGCCUGUCUCACUCCCACACCUUCUCCAGUAUCUCCAGUAUCAGGGAGUGCAGCAGACGCAGCACCUCCACCCCUCAGUACUCCCCCAGUGGGCUGUCCCAGUACCAGCAGCAAUUCUCCGGACCCUCCAGCCUCAUCGUGGACACAUAUGGAUACAGGUCCAGCACAGGUCAGUCUAGAGCUGGGGUGUUCCAUCCUGGUAGACCCACAGGGUGUGCAGGCUUUUGUUCCUGCCCAAUGCUAACACAUCUGAUUCAACUGAUCAGCUGAUCAUCAGGCCUUGAGUAGUUGAAUUGUGUUGGUACUGAGCUGCAACAAAAGCCUGCACACACUGUUGAUCUCCAGGACCAGGACUGAACACCAUUGGCCUAAAGGAAGAGGAAUACGUUUCAUGCAUGUCUUCCCGGUUUGAUUGCAAUGGAUUUUUAACUUCCCUCGUUACGUAGACAAGCUGCGGAGAAGCAUGCCCAACCUGAUCCGAGCUCCCAGCAUGCAUUGCGAUCCCAGUGUUGUUCCAAGCCUGGUGUCUUCUGUCAAUCAAUCGUCUGGCCCCUCCUCCCUGCCAAUAACCAUGCGGAACAGCCAGAGCUUCGACUCGUCCAAUGGGCUCGCCCGACUUCAGUCCUCCAGUAAGACCCCUCCCAUCUUGGUCUACCGUCAGUUGUAUCAGUACAGGAAUCCUGCACACUGUUUUGCCCUUUAUGUUUAUAUAUUGUUUUCCACCUUCUCUUAUAGAGUUUUUAUAUUUUUGAUACGUGUUAUGUAUAAUAUAUGUUGAUUCUUUACACAAUGACUUAACAGUGAAGGAACAUUCUGCACACUGUGCUUGCCAGAAUCACCUGUUUAUUUAAGUCUAUUUAAUUUAAGCUCAUUGCACCCCACAUUCUUGGGUUAGAAUAGUUUGAUGACUGACUAACCCGUCUUUCCUUUGCCCCCGUCUUCAGUUCCCUCCGCCGGCCAUCUCAGCCAACGGUUCCAGAGUGUGGGAAACUUCCAAACGACCCCCCGACACCCCGUCAAGGCCACAGCCUAUGUCAGCCCCACGAUCCAACAGGGUCCCUCCUCCUCCUCCAACACCCUCUCUACCUCUGUCAUUCUUCACAACAUCCCCAGCAGUGCACCCCAGCCCCUCAAAGGCACCAUCCCCAGUGGUGUCCCCCAGCCCUCCUCCAUCCCCCGUAGUGCUCUACCACGACCCGCCUCCUUCAUAGGGACUGGUGGCACCCCCCGCCCCAGCAAGAUCGCCCAGUCGACACACAGGUAA